UAAGUGCUCAAGCCAGCGUGGCAGAAAAAGGACCGCAAUUCCCAUAAUGCCAAGCGUUGGGGAAAAUUCUCGGAAUGUAGGCUUUCUCGGUGGGUGGAGCUUGUGGUGGGAGAAUGAAAGCCGGAAAAGAUGGCUGCCGGUUGGUGAGUUAGUACUGGGAGGCAGACAGGGAGACUGGCAGGAUGGGUACAGGGGGAUAGAAUGUGUACCAGGGAGACUGGCAGGAUGGGUACAGGGGAUAGAAUGUGUACCAGGGAGACUGGCAGGAUGGGUACAGGGGGAUAGAAUGUGUACCAGGGAGACUGGCAGGAUGGGUACAGGGGAUAGAAUGUGUACCAGGGAGACUGGCAGGAUGGGUACAGGGGAUAGAAUGUGUACCAGGGAGACUGGCAGGAUGGGUACAGGGGGAUAGAAUGUGUACCAGGGAGACUGGCAGGAUGGGUACAGGGGAUAGAAUGUGUACCAGGGAGACUGGCAGGAUGGGUACAGGGGGAUAGAAUGUGUACCAGGGAGACUGGCAGGAUGGGUACAGGGGAUAGAAUGUGUACCAGGGAGACUGGCAGGAUGGGUACAGGGGAUAGAAUGUGUACCAGGGAGACUGGCAGGAUGGGUACAGGGGAUAGAAUGUGUACCAGGGAGACUGGCAGGAUGGGUACAGGGGAUAGAAUGUGUACCAGGGAGACUGGCAGGAUGGGUACAGGGCAGGAAUGUGUACCAGGGAGACUGGCAGGAUGGGUACAGGGUAUAGAAUGUGUGUACCAGGGAGACUGGGCAGGAUGGGUACAGGGGAUGGAAUGUGCAAAUUGGUGGAAGACUGGCAGGAUGGGUACAGGGGAUAGAAUGUGUGUUUGUGGCUGACUGGCAGGAUGGGGCAAAGGGAUAGAAUGUGUACCAGGGAGACUGGCAGGAUGGGUACAGGGGGAUAGAAUGUGUACCAGGGAGACUGGCAGGGUGGGUACAGGGGGAUAGAAUGUGUACCAGGGAGACUGGCAGGAUGGGUACAGGGGAUAGAAUGUGUACCAGGGAGACUGGCAGGAUGGGUACAGGGGAUAGAAUGUGUACCAGGGAGACUGGCAGGAUGGGUACAGGGGAUAGAAUGUGUACCAGGGGGACUGGCAGGAUGGGUACAGGGGAUAGAAUGUGUACCAGGGAGACUGGCAGGAUGGGUACAGGGGGAUAGAAUGUGUACCAGGGAGACUGGCAGGAUGGGUACAGGGGGAUAGAAUGUGUACCAGGGCAUCUGGCAGGAUGGGCAUAGGGACAGGAAUGUGCACAGGGAGACUGGCAGGAUGGGUACAGGGGAUGUGAAUGUACCAGGGAGACUGGCAGGGAUGGGUACAGGGGGGAUAAUGUGUACCAGGGAGACUGGCAGGAUGGGUACAGGGGGAUAGAAUGUGUACUAGGGAGACUGGCAGGCAAUAGGGAUAGAAUGCACUAGGGAGACUGGCAGGAUGUGGGUACAGGGGGGAUAGAAUGUACCAGGGAGACUGCAGGAUGGGUACAGGGGACAGGAAUGUGUACCAGGGAGACUGGCAGGAUGGGUACAGGGGUAUAGAAUGUGUACCAGGGAGACUGGCAGGAUGGGUACAGGGGUAUAGAAUGUGUACCAGGGAGACUGGCAGGAUGGGUACAGGGGUAUAGAAUGUGUACCAGGGAGACUGGCAGGAUGGGUACAGGGGGAUAGAAUGUGUACCAGGGAGACUGGCAGGAUGGGUACAGGGGUAUAGAAUGUGUACCAGGGAGACUGGCAGGGUGGGUACAGAGGAUAGAAUGUGUACCAGGGAGACUGGCAGGAUGGGUACAGGGGGAUAGAAUGUGUACCAGGGAGACUGGCAGGAUGGGUACAGGGGCAGUGAUUGAGGCAGUUAGCCUAGUAGGAUGUUUUCAGAGGCAGGGAGUUAGCAGUGUUGUUCAGGUGUCAGGGAGUCUGUCAGGAUGCAUGCAGGGGGCAGUGAGGGUGCAAGGUACCUGGGCAGAAUGGGUGCAUGGGGAAAUUGGUUGGUGAUGAAGCCUGGCAGGAUGGGGCAUUUAAUUUGUAUAGUGUCAUAACAGGAUGGGGUAGGGGCAAGGAGUGGGCCAGGUGCUCAUGAGAUGGCAUUGACACUAGCAGAGGAAUGUGUGAUGAGCACAGUUCAUGGAGCAGGGAAAGGAGGGAUAUUGGCAGUAGAUAUGGUGAGGUGGGGUGUUAUGGGGGGGGAAUGAAGAAGAAGGGCAUAUUGGGGAUAUUAGGAGUGAUAUCAAUUGGGAUCGAGGGGGCGGGGUUACAGAAAGUGACAUUAAAUGAUGGAGACGGGAGUGAGAUGAGGGAGUGACAUUAAAUGGGUGAGUCGGAGAUAGUGACAGAAUGUAAGCUUGUUUGAGCAGGGCCCUCAGCACCCUCUACUCCUUUGUGCACAACUUGUCUUGUUGCAAAUACUUUCCUGUUAAUCCACCUAUUGUACAACGCUGCGGAAUUUGUAACUAAUUAGAGGAAGGAUGGGUAGGAAAAUGAUAUAAGAUUAUGGUUACAAAUGACAAAAAGGGAGGUGAAGGGGAGUAAACUGGGAAGUCUGGCUCAGUGCAAAAAAGGAGGGCAAUUCACAUGGAUGAAGGAAGGGAGUCCAGGAUGUGAUCUAAGAUGGGGCUUUAGAGAAGUGAGCUGAGGUGACAUGGAAUAUGUUGAGCUGAAGAAGUCAGGGGAAUCAACCUGGAACGAGUGGUAGUGACAUGGGUCAUGAGGUGGGCGACAAAGGAGGGAGUGAGGAACACUAAAAUGGGGGAGUCAUACAGACUGAUAGAGGUUCAUUGCCAUUUCAUGUGAUUACAAUGGUGUUUCUCUCCCUACAAUGCUUGACGGGAAGGGAUGUCCACUGAACUAAUUAUAUACAUAUGUGGACCCAAUAUAAAUUCCUAGACCACUUUAGUCUCCUUAGAGGCUGUCAGUCCUUUAAAUGUAUGAAGAUCCCUGGUAACUGAUGAUGGUGGGGGUGGAAGGUUUUUAGUAGGUGAAUAUAUAUCUAUAUUUUUUCACCUUGCAAAACCUUCUAAUGUACCAUCACCAGCUGCUACUGAGGAGUAAUAGGAAGUGAUACUAAACUAGAAUGUAUGAUGGAUUGGGAAUCAAUGUAUUUAUUCCUCAGUAAGUGAUUGUGUUUUAUGACUUGAAUUUUACAAUGCGCAACAAGAUAUAUAGCCUGUUAUGACCUUGCGACUAAUGCUAAGUGUGUCCUUUGAUGUCUAUGAUAAUAAGCACCACUGGAACUCAAAGAUGAGCCUUGAGUAGGUAAAGCCCCACAUGGUGGCAUAACUCUAUAUUUCAGUUGGUGUUAAGAUACUGACAUAAGCUUGCUUAACAAUGUAUUCAGUUCUAGAAUCAACCAAUAUGCACAAUACUGCACACUACUUUAGAGUUGUCCAUCUCAAUAUAGAAGAAAGAUCCUUGGUGUGUGUCAAACCAUUUCCAAAUAGUUUAACAUUAAACCAGGGGACAUUCUAGGCAACAUAACGUAAACAUUAAAGGGACACUACAACAAUUUCUUCUCUUUGAAUUGGUUAUAGAGUCCUUUGACACUGUCUCUCAAUUAACUUUCACAUCAUUUUUGAGAAGAUUGAUGCUAAAUAAGGUCCCUGGCCACCCAAACCCCAGCCCCUACUGGAAAUAUGCCGAAGGCAGAGAUUACUUACUUCCUUUUAGCUAUAUCAACUCAUACCAGGAGUGGGACCUGUAGGUGACCAGCUGACACUCUCAGUCCGUCAAAGCCACCCAUUGUUGCUUAGGUUAAUAAGUCUUCAUUAGCUCAAACAUGUUUAUUUUUUGUAUGAGGGCACCAGGUAACUCCAGACACUAUAACCAUGAAAUGAAGCAGUUUCAGUGCUCUCUUUAACAUGGUCCAUUCUCUUAGGUUAUAGUAACUAGUAUUUAUAUAUCACCUUUCUCCCACUGGACACUCAGUGUGCAAGCGCUUGGAAUCCAUUUUUUUUGUUGUGAAAUAUUGUGCAUACCGAUUUUAGAAAUGGGAAGCUAGUUUGUAAAAAUUGUGCAGUAUUUAGAUUUUAGGAUUCACGCUUUAUAUAAAUGUAUUAUAUUAUUAUUAUUAUUAUUUUAUUAUUUAUAUAGCGCCAACAAAUUCCGUAGCGCUGUACAAUGGGUGGACUAACAGACACAUAAUUGAGGUCAGACCACUGACGUACAGGAACAGAGGGGGUUGAGGGCCCUGCUUGAUGAGCUUACAUGCUAGAGGGAGUGGGGUAUAGUGACACAAAGGGUUAAAGUAGGGGAAUUAAAUAGUUUGUUACAGAAGGGUUUAUACCGGCAGUAAUCCUAAAACGUACACUAGCGUAUGACAUGAAAUGUUUUCCAAAUAACUGUUCCCAAUGAAUUAUUCGAUUGUUCAAAAUAAAAGUUUAGGGAUAGAAUCAUUCCCCCUAAUCACAACAGUUGGUUAUCCAAAUUGAGACAGAUGAAUCUAUAUUGCAGUUAAUCUUCCAACCUUAAUACGAGUGCAAACCUCCAUGUUUCGUGUACUGUUCCCAGGUGUCGUCAUUGUGAUAUUAAUUAUAUGUUUAUCAUUGAGCUAGUAAUAGCGUCCAUACCUAAAUCGGUAUUUUAAAAAAAACAAGAGAAAAUCUUAAUUUAGCUGUCUUGAUUGGGUUUACGAUUGCCAUGUUUACGUUUCCUGAGUGUUUUGCAAUUCUCAUUCUCUUCCUGUGUUAUUGAAUCAUUAUCCUUGUUUUACUAAGGAUGGGCAGUGACGUAUUCUAUGGAACAUAUAGAAUAACAGCGGACUAACUGUCUGAACUCUUGCUGUCUGGGAGUUAAACCUCUCCAUAUGACACUCUCCUGUGACAGCAUUUUGAAGAGCUGACCAUUACCUACUUUGUAUUUGCCCAGCGUGGACGUAGAGGCAAGCUCCAGGUGGUUUCUCUAAUCGACUCUUCAUUUAGGUUUUAUUUGGCGGAGGAGACUAGUAUACUACGAGCAUUUGUGCAUUCAAAUGUAUGGGUUUGGAGUCUGCUCUGCUGGUGAAGAAUAAGGGGAAUGUUCACUAAAUAGUGAAUGGUGGUGAAUUGCCAACUAAACUGCAAUCUUCAGUUCUGACUAUAGCUGGGUUCAGCUACUUAAGCUUAAACGUUUCUAAAUUGCAAUGUACCUAUCAGCGAUGUAGUAAAAGGUGUGUAACUGUUGGUUGUGUCCUAUUAAUACGUGACGCUGCUACUUCCUCCUUGCUUUUAUGUCAAAGUUAAAGGGACAUUGUAGGCGCCCAGACCACUUCAGCCUAUUGAAGUGGUCUGGGUGCUGUGUCUCUACUGCCCUUAGUGCUGCAAUGUUAAACAUUGCACUUCCAGAGAAACUGCAAUGUUUACAUUGCAGCUCUAGGUCUGCCCACAGUGGCUGUCUACCAGAGAACCAUUAGAGGGCUUCCUGAAUCGAAACAGACCUUUGGUCCUGUAUCUGACGCUGGACAUCCUCACGCUCUGCAUGUGGACAUCCAGCGUCAGAUUUUACCCCGUAGGAAAGAAUUAAUUCAAUGCGCAUUAGCACCCACUCAUGGCGGGACGUCGGAGGGGGCAGGGCAUUGCCACAGCGCUGAUGGACAUGUAAGUAAAUGUAAGUAAAUAAAGGGUUUUUAACCAUUUAUUUACCCUGGCACGGGGGAGGCAGAGGAAGCUAUAGCGCCAGGAAUACCUCCUUCCCUUUAAAUGGUGUAACCCUGUUAAUGCAUAGUAAAUAGUAUAUUAUUUUUAUUAUUUGUAAAGCGCCAACAAAUUCGGCAGCGCUGCACAAUGGGUGGACUAGCAGACACGUAUUUGUAACCAGAUGAGUUGGACGCACAGGAACAGAGGGGGUGAGGGCCCUGCUUAAGUAUAUAUCUGCAGCUUCCCCCCUGUCAAUAUGUAAAUACUGGGUGGUGUUAGGUUGGAGGUGCCCCUAACAUGCUAUGAAUCAUGAUGCUGAUAAUAUCAUAUGUGAGUUGGUGGCUGCACGCGCCUGUUCAUAUUGACACAUCUCAGCACAGCUAUAAAAAGCUUGAUUCAUAUGAUGGAAACGAUAUGCAAAUACAGCUUUCAAUCAUAAUUCCCCUAGUUGGGCAAUUAAAAACAAAAAACAUGUUUGUUUCAUUCUGAUUCUUAGCUUUCACAUCAGAGUUUUGGCACUGAACCCUAAAUUGUAAUGAAUUUGAAACUUAAUUGCAAAAUCCAGGCUACAAGAGCCAAAGUGUGAUUAAAUCAAAUCAUCGUUUUAGCCUAAAUGUUGCGGUUUACUGUCAAUUCACUAUAGUUCAGUGUUUUGUGAAUUUUAGAAAGUGGUUUGUGUGUUUAGCGCAAGCAUGUGAUCCAUAACUGCUGGCUGGUACAAAGACGGAACUUGCAACCAGAAAUAAACUGGUUCAUUUGUGUUACAAGCACAUUUGUUUAUUCUGUGAUUUGAACGUUAAUCCACUACAAUUCAGAGUUUAGUAAAUAAACCUCUGAGUAUUUUGCAGGUCAUUUUCUAACGUGAUAAUUUAAUGUCCGUUCAAAGUGAUUUCCAAAUUAAAGGUCAGAAAAGUUCUGCUACUCUGGCUAAUUUGAAUUCUCACUUUAGAAAAUAACCCAGUUAGUUCUAAAAUAGUUUGUUUUGUUUUUGCAUCAUACGUUUGUGUUGCCUUUGACAUCUGACGUGUCAUAUGAUUCAUGGGUGGGGGUGGGGUUAUUAGUGGUUAAAAAAUUGGAGAGACACUAAUUUAAUGUACAUGUUUGGUUUCCAUAGUGAUUCUCCCACUUUUUACAACAGAACACUGUGACAAAUCUCCAGUGUCCUAAAAACUACAGUUCGAUUAUGCUCGUUAGAUUUCAAUCUAGGACGCUUUUACAUAGACGUCCAUUUAUGCUAGUGACGAGAUUAGAAAAAAACUUUGAAGUUGCAAAAGCAGAACAGUCACAUCGCUGGUGGAAGAACAUGUCACUCUAAGCCAGGGGUGCCCAGAAGUUAUAUCUCCAGAUGUUGUAGAACUACAAUUCCCAUGAUGCUUUGCGUGCCUUUAGAAUGACAAAGCAUCAUAGAAACUGCAGUUUUAAAACAUCUGGGGGUCUGCCUUUUGUUCCCCCGUGCUGUAAGCACUACAACCAGUACAGCGUACUCAAGUGGUUGUUGUAGUUGUUUUCAAGCAAUUCCAGAACAUAAAGCCCCGCCCCACCACCUACUGUUACUCACAUAAUGUGGACAUUGCUCUUCUGAUAGUUUAGUGCGUAGAGGGUUCUCUCAACUUACAUCGCUCAUAUGUCUUUAAGACCCCUGCCGAGUGCAACAUCUUACCCCUGGUUACUGUGUAACUUUUACGUAAUCCAGGCCCCUGAAUGUGUCUACAUACUAGCGCCUCUUUAAAGGCACCAGAUCAUGCUUGCGCACUCUGUGACGCUUGCCUCUCCGACACAAUAAUACAGCUCAUUGAGAAAUAUUUAUUUCUCUUAUAAAUUAUUUCACCAGGAAGAAUACAGUGAGAUUUCUCUCAUUUCAAGUAUGUCCUGCGUAGCAUAUGACUGGGCAGUCAUGAGCAUGCACUAUUUGUUCAUUAAAGGACCACUAUAGUGCCAGGAAAACAUACUCGUUUUCCUGGCACUAUAGUGCCCUGAGGGUGCCCCCACCCUCAUGGCCCCCCUCCCGUCGGGCUGUAGGGGAUGGAAGGGGUAAAACUUACCUCUUUCUCUAUCCCCGGACGGGGGACUCUCCUCCUCCUCUCCUCCCUCUUCUUCCGUCACCGUCUGAAUGCGCAUGCGCGGCAAGAGCCGCGCGCGUUCAGCCAGUCUCAUAGGAAACAUUCUCAAUGCUUUCCUAUGGACGCUGGCGGGAGCCCUCUAGCGGCUGUCAAUGAGACAGCCACUAGAGGCUGGAUUAACCCAUAGGUAAACAUAGCAGUUUCUCUGAAACUGCUAUGUUUAUAGAAAAAAGCUGAAGUGGUCUGGGUGCCUAUAGUGGUCCUUUAAGCUUCUCAGUGAGAAACCUCUGAUUAGACAUUAUCCAGAACAGGCAAGAAAAUGUUAGCUGGUCAAAAUGUGGAGAGUAGCUUAGGAAAAAAUUCUACAUCUAAUAUAAGCUAGCAUUUUCAGACAGAUUCCCGGUUUAUAUCCCCCUGUUCUCCCAAACCCUCUACUCAAAGGGUUAACCUGGUAGAUCACUUCCUAGUCUGCUGAUUGGACAGUAUCAGGGAUUUUCCAGUUUAAAAAAAAUAAAUAACUAAUCGUCCUCUGCCUUACAUGCCUUUCUGUUUACAUCAUUCCCCCAGCAGUACGAGCCAGCACGCAGGCAUGGAACCAUUGUGAAAUCACCCUUGCAGCUCUCCAGACCACAGCUAACUGCAGCGUGCAGAACUGCCACUUCAGAGUCUAACACAAGGUAAGGCGUACUGUCUGGGGGUCCUAUGCUUCCUGGGACUUUGACGAAGUCCCCACGCCGUAAUCUGUUCUUGUUCUUGUGAUGUUUAGAUAAGUUUAUGUGCUUAACCGUGAGUUGGAAUAAGAUAAAAACAAACACAUUUGAAAGCUUAGGCCAAAAUAGUGGAGUUCAUUUUUUGUUUUUAAAUUUCGUAUAUUUCCAUGAAAUUGGAGAUAUAUAUUUUUUUUUUCCUUUUCCCUGAUUUGACCUGGUUGUCAAUUCAUCCCAAUUCACAGUUUAGGUAAUGAAACCCUAAGGCAGGGGUAUGCAACAUUUCAGUAGCAUUGUGCCAAAAGAAUAUCUUGAUGUCUCUUGGCGUGCCGGUACUAUUUUUACAAAUCGAGGUGUGUAUGUUGCUGCAUUCUGCUUGUGGUAUAUAUGGGUGCUGCAGUUGCUUUGUAGCGUUCCAUUUGCACAUAUGUGGGCUGUUAUAUUGGAUGUGAUCAUGAAUAGUUUGUGGAAUUGUGUAUAAUACCUGCAUAUGGGGGCUGCUUGUGGAAUUGUGUUGUGGAUUAAAUGUCAGUGUUUUUCGUGGUGUGUGUGUAUGUGGGGGGGGGGAGGGGGUAUUUGUGGUAUUGCAUGUGAGGCUGCUUUUGAGGUUGUGUGCAUGAAUGUGAAUGUCAGUGUUGCUGUGUGUGUGUAUGAUAGUUUGUGGGCUGUUUGUAUUAUUUGUAUGACGAGGAGGCUACUUCUGCAGCUCUGUGUGCAUCUAGCAGUGUUGGUGGCUUCCCUGGGGUCCAGUGCGGGCCAGGUAAAGGUCAAGGGCAGCGCUGCUCUUCUCCAGUGUGGAUUGCCAUUCACAAGUGCUGGGAGGAAGUGAUGUAAGAUCACUUCCUCUAAAUGCUGCAAUGAGUUAAUUAAGGAUUGUCCAUCACCUGCAAUCACGGCUGGAUUUGCACUAGCAGAUAUCUGAAGGCCCACUAGGACUCCUGAUAGUCCAAAGUCUGUUUGGCUCUAGCAGCCUUGAGUGCCGUGCAAAGGUACCUCAAGUGCCGUACAUGCUGACCCCUGCCCUAAGGGUUUUCCUUAAAUAUUAAGACAGUUAAAUAGCAAAAAUUAAGCUGAUAUAGUCAAGUUGGAAGUUGGAGAGUUUUUCUAAAUCAUUACUUUUUGCCUACAUUUUGCAAUGUGUUUGUUUAAUCCAUCAAAACUCAGUGUUUAGUUUAUAAACACUUCUUUUUUAAGUACCUUACGGACUGAACUUGUACCAGUAGGAUAGAUCUUAAAGUGUCAUUAGUCCCAGAUGUUCGACCAUUCCUUCUCUUAGCUUUAGGUGUUAGGCUUCUUUUGUUUUGUUUUAUAUAGAAACAUAGAAUGUGACGGCAGAUAAGAAGCAUUCGGCCCAUCUAGUCUGCCCAAUUUUCUAAAUACUUUCAUUAGUCCCUGGCCUUCUCUUAUAGUUAGGAUAGCCUUAUGCCUAUCCCACGCAUGCUUAAACUCCUUUACUGUGUUAACCUCUACCACUUCAGUUGGAAGGCUAUUCCAUGCAUUAUAUUUGUUUUGUUAUCCGCAGCUUGACAUUGUUAGAAGCAAGAAUUGUGUAUUUAUCUAUUUGAGGAAGUUUAAAGAGGGCAAGUAAGGGUUUCUGGUUGAUAGAGUCUGUGUUGUAACUUCUAUGGACACAUUUUAAGCUCUUCCUGCAGUAGAAAUACAGCACUAAUAUUGACACAGUAGCUUGUUGGCUUUCUUGCAUUGAUCGUUCACAUGAGAAAAAUGUCCUAGUUGCAGCAAAGCCAUGGAAUGUAUUGUCUAAGCAACCUUUUAGCAGCACUGUGCUGAAAUAAGAUUGUGAUGUCCCACAGCGUGCCGGUCCUAUUUUUUAAAAUUGAGGUGUGAAUGCUGCCGUAUUCUGCUUGUGUUAUUUAUACUGCAGUUGUAUCGUUGUAUUUGUGCGUAUAUGAGCUAUCAUAUUGUAUAUGUUCAGGAGUAGUUUGUGGUAUCGUGUAUGAUACAUAUGAAUGGGGGCUGUGUAUGGAGGCUACUUGUGGAAUUGUGUGUGUGUGGAUGGAAAUGUCACAUUGUGUGUUUGAUGCUCUGUGUAUGGCACUGUUUGGGGUAUGGCACGUGAGAGGCUGCAUGUAGGGUUGUGUGUAUGUAUGUGGAUUGUUAGUGGUGUUGCGUUUGUGGGGAUUGUGUGUGUUUGUGUGUAGGCUGUUCAUAUUAUCUGUAUGAGGGGAGGGUAUGCUGCAGCUCUGUGUAUAUCUAGCAGUUUUUGGUGGCUUCCCUGGGUUCUAGUGGACCAGGCCGGCCAGGUACAGGUCAAGGACCGGAGCUGCAACACCAGCUGCGGGCUGCUCUACUCCCAUCCCUUGCAGCUGUGCAGAGAAAACGCAUCCUGAUGUGCCCAACACCCAUAAAAAGAGACCGCUACCUGCUGAGCACAAAGAUGGGCUUUGCCCUCUGCAGCAUCUCACAGGGUAGGCAAAGUGACUGUGAGUCUGGUAGGCUUUGCAUCUCUUGUUCUCUGGAGGAGGCAGAGAUUGGAAAUUAUAAAUAACUUAAAUGUAAAGAGGGCUGCCUCUGGGAUAGGAAUGGACUAUCAUGCUGUACAGACUGAAUGUGAUGAUUUGUUUGCACAUCUUGGCUGUGUCCAGGCAGAUUCCUGCCAGUGGUUUGUUGGGAAUGCGAUUUGGGGACAAUGCAUUUUGUGUGUCUUCCUGUUGGCUCUGUAGAUGGACCAGAGAGACCAAACAAUGAUUUCACCUUGACUAAGGUUAUGGGUCCUUGGUAGUAGCAUAGCAGUAGGUCUAGUAAUGUGCCAAAAUCAGUGGGGUUUCUAGAUAUAGAGUCAAUCUGGGUAAUGGGUAACGAUUUACCACACCAGGUACUCCAUGAAUGCAGGGUCCCAAGUAAAGGGCCUCUGAGACUGAACACACACUAACUGGGAGAAGGGCUGUGACUUAGACCCAAACCCAGCAUUUAGUGGGGGAGGUGGGUUAUUCUGUAUGUAGACAUUCCCGGGGAGUUGGCCAAGUAGACUGUGUUCCCGUGACUAAUUUCCAUGGAAGUAGGACAGAGUAGGUCUAGAGACUGUGAUAUGGACUGGGCCCAUAAGCGAGGUAGUUAGACAAGAGACCAAAUAGCAGGUCUCAGAACUCUCACACCUACUUGUGUCUGCCAAAGAUCCUACAUAGAUCUUAUCAUAGAUGUGAUCACACAAUCACAAAAAGGUGCAUUUUCCAGAAUGUGUCUACAGAAGCUCUGCCUAGGCUCACUGCCUAACCUCCAACAAAAUAUGUUUUGUUUUUUUUACAUGUGAGAAAGUAGCCCCUACUUCUAAAUUCACUAUAUUAAAUUUUUUCCUAACAGAUUUUAUGAAUUUUCCACUACUUUUUUAAACAGAAAAGUGUUCCGUUACACAUGACUUUCCCGCCACAAUAAAUUUGGCGGUCUUCUGAAAUGGAAAACCGUCACUUUUCAGAUCACGUUUAGAACACUUUAAUAAAUAUGGUCAGUAUAUAAUGAAGAAUGUAACUGCCAUUCCUCAUUAAUAAAUUAAAUAAUAUAUAUUGUAUUUAACAUUACAAUAGAUUUUGUAAGACACCUUCACUAGACUUUUCCCAGGAUCAGUGGGGUCUCCAUGACACUGGGGAAAAGCAAUGCUGAAACCGCAAUAAGAUGUGCCGCUAAAAUGACACGAGACCCAUAUCUGAAUAUCAACUCUGUGUGUGUUUGUGUAACUUGAUACCAGAUUGCACAGUUUGUACUAACUUCUUACUGUUUGGUUGUUAAGACAAUUUCUGUUUUGUACUAUACCCCUUUAUCAGCUGAAUCUUAAAAAGCUAAUAUUAACAGGUGAAUGGACUUUUUAAAAAACAAAAGCAGCCGGAGGCUGCCCAACUCUCUCCUAGUCUGAGUCAUGGGGAUUUCCUGGCGAUUGGGAAAGAAACAUUCUGCAUGAGAUUUGCCAGCACUGCGGUUGGCCACAGUGUGAACAAGAAUAUUAAAGUAAUAUUUAUAAAUGUACAUACACACAGGCACAAAAAGUAGAGCACACACAGGACUUGCAUAAAGUUUUUCCUUGGCUUUAUUUGAAGACGAUAAGUGCAAAUGACAUCACCAUCAACGUUUCAGUCCCCAUUUGGGACUUUUAUCAAGAUCUUUAUAGGAGGCGUAACUGUUGAAUGAUCGAGGCCAGAAUGAUGCGAGCGCAGCCUGGUGAGAUUGACGCUGCUUCAGGAACAUGCUGGCAAGAAAUUGACGAAGGUGCAUCAAAAUCAGUGAGCAGAGCCACAUUACUGGCGCAAGUGCCUAUUUGGUUGGGACAAUGUGAAGAUGACGCCGGUGCGUCAGCAUUAGAGAGUGCUCCUGAAAAAUUACACGAUUGUCUGCAGGGGCUUUGCAGCCCUAUAUCCAUUCGCACAUUCUUAAAGGACAACUCUGGGCACCAUAACAACUUCAAACCAAUCAGUAUUUUCUUUGCGGUCCGGUGACAAGUCUUGCAGGAAUUAACUGUCUCUUUAACACUUCGCUUAUCUGCAUUGCUGCAUCACAAACUUCCGUAGGGUUCGUUCUUUUUCCAAACCUUGUUUUCAUUACUAGGUAUCAGACCGACCCUUGCACCUUGAGGCUGUUAAUUAAUAUUUAUAUUGCUGUAAACAAAAUACAAAGCAAGGUCUCUAAAUGUAGUUUGGAGGUGUGCAUUAUGGUGGGUUGUAGAGGCUCUGUUGCUCAGAUUUGCCUCUUUAAAUCGUAGUAAUUAACACGAUGACUAAGUAUACACAGCAGCCUAAUAUUUACUAUAGAUUUAUAUCAACUGUCAUUGAAACUUUAAAAUACAAAAACAUGAGAAAAUGGGGAAUCUGACUAAGAAGGGAUACAGAGGAAGGAAGGCAUGUUUGCCAUACGCAUUACCCGUAUUCAUAAUACCCCAGUCAAGGUCCAGUUUGCAAACUAGGGUUGUUUUCAACACAGAAUAGGAUGGGUACCAGGAGCAAGUAACAAGCUUGCCCUGCAAUAGAUUUCAUGUAAGUGCAUGUCUCAAUGUGAUUAAACAUGCCUACAGACAAAAAGCUGCAACAAUGUAAUACACGGCUUGCGUGAAAAAAGUUUGCAUCAAAGGGGGCAAACUUAGUUCCCCUUAAUGUUCCUCACCUCUGGUGAUUGUAACUGCAAGUAAAUUAGAAAUAGAUUACAUCUGUAUAAAUCAUUGCAGGGCUACUGUAUACCCACUAUUCUCAUUUAAUUAAUCAUUUGUUAGCAAGCCAAGAUGUUAAUGGCUAUAAUGCUGCCACACCAAGUGACCUAACAGAAACCACAGACAAAAGGUGAGCAAUUUGUUAUGGUCUGUCAUCCACUUGAAAGGUGGCUUUAAAAGGAAAAGUUAAUAUAGUCAUCAGGUAUACACUCAAUAUUGUGCAUGUUGUGUAUUGUUUUAACCCCUUAAGGACACAUGACGGAAAUAUUCCGUCAUGAUUCCCUUUUAUUCCAGAAGUUGUGUCCUUAAGGGGUUAAAGGGAAAUUGGUAGUGGAAAUCACUGAUUUAAAGCAAAAAUACACUUGUAUUAGAUAAAAGGCAGGGGUCGGCAACUGUUGGCACUCCAGAUGUUGUGGACUAUAUCUCCCAUAAGGCUUCUACAGCCAAAAUGCUGGCAAAGUAUCAAGGGAGAUGUAGGCCAUAACACCUGGAGUGCCAAAGGUUGCCGACCCCUGGUGUCGAGAGUAUGUCAGUAAAAAGUACUGUUCUAGCAGUUUUAAUCGGUUUAUAUUGUAACCCCAAGUUGUAUGCAAUGCUACCAACAAUUACCUUUCAGUGGAUUUAUUACUCUAUUGAGAUUAAUGGAGUGCUCAAAAAUAUUUGGGGAAAAUCAGAGGGACUGCACCCAAAGACUCCAUGUGCCUCUACAAUAAGCUGUGUUGGUAAUUGCCUUAUAUUUAGCAAACUCUGUGUACCUCAAGUUCUGAAUAUUUCAAUAAGCAUUUUUUACUUGCCACAUUGAUCAGAAGAACACUUUGCUCCAUGUUCUGCUAUACUACUACUUUCCAAAUGGCAAAUGAACAUGUGUUAACAAUGUCUGUUUAUAACCAGCAUUUAUGAAGCUCCAACAUAUUCUGUAGCGCAGUACAAUUAGGGGAGAACAUACAAUAUACAAAAGACACAUACACAAUGUAGAGAAGGCCCCGUCUGUAAGCUGAGAUCUAGCCAUUGAACCCCAAAUAAAGAAUUAUUUUUAAAUUCUAUUGACAACUACAGGUGUUUGUUUUCUAAAGAAGGUACCGUAAUUCCUUCUAUACUUCCCAAUUGAACAUAUAAAGGCUUCUCAUGAAAUGAACAUAAAGACAGAAAUGCUUUUAAUUGUCAGUGGAAUUUGAAAAUUAUUAUUUAUUGGGGGUUCAAUAUAAAGUGUUACUUCAGGUUGAUUUGCCAUUUUGAAAGUCCAGUAGAACUUGGAGCAAAUUAUUCUUCAGACCUAUUGGCAGGUUUAUUACAUUUAUAUCAGGGUUAAGCCCUUCUUUUACUCCAUGUCCUACUAAUGGUACAGUUUAGAUACUAUAAAUUUGUAAUAUAGACUAUCUAUCUCCUUUUCAAUUUUGUUGCAUUUUUUCCCUGCAUUUUUUUAUGUAUAACAUAUGGGGAUGUCCUACUACUUGGUUUUUAGUUUUUUGUCAUGGAAACAGGGUUGGUUUCUUACUUUCCUCUCAACGUGAACCUUGUUCCACUCUGCUUAAUAAAAACAAACUGUAAAAACAAAGCCUUCGCACAUGUUUACUGUGGAAAGCACUGCUGUGUUCGUAUGGGACCUGGCAUGACAUGCUUCAGAGCCUGGAAUCGUCUUUCUUUUUUUUUUUUUUUUUUUUUCAUGUGGAAAGAUAACAUAUUCAGGAAGUUGGCCACAACAGCCUCGACACAUCGAUUAGAAUCAGUACAUAUCAAAUACAAGGCAUUGUUGUGUGCUAUUUACACACAUUUUAUAUUUACAAUAGGUCACAUUGUUACAGUGAGGUUUUAAAAUCUAAUAACCGUAGGGGUGGAAGACUUCUGUCUGCCUAAGACACCCUAAGGUCUGUGGAGUCGUAGGUGGGGGAGGAAAGGCAUUUACUGCUAGGUCCAUUGGCUGGUCCCAAUUCUAGGUCGUGCGGCUAUAGUAAUGGGUGUUGGGUAAGUCUCUUGACCCUUUUGAGUUUGGGUAAGGAUGCGGAUUGCGGUAGUUACGGGGUCUCUCUAAUGGUGCCUGUCUAGGACUAUGUCCGCUCCUCUUUUGCUUUUCCCUGGUCGUAGCUAUUGGUGGGUGCCCAUGUGUGUGGUGCUCAGGGUGUCUUUGUGGCCCUAGUGGUAACUACAAAUCGUGUCUAUGUAUAUACAUAGGUCGCUGUAGUGUGACCGGAUUAAGUUGUGCCCUUGGGGCAUCAGACCUCGCGAUGAGCCUGAUUCCAGUCAGGAUUAUGUCGCCUUUGAUGUCGUUUCCCAUUAACCCAAGGGGGGGGGGGGAUUGUUAUCGGAGCUAGUGUGCGCGGCUCUGGUGGGCCACUUUAGCACUGUUAUAGCCGUCAGAAUGUGAGAGAACUACAUUUAACUUAAAUGAACCGAUUUAUCAACUUUAAAAUAUUUAAACUAGUGAAACUAAGGCCUAUGAGGCCGUCGGUGAGGCAGUUCGUUCAGGUUUUGGUUUUCGGUCCUCUGCUUAUUCCAGGAGUUGCGGAUGAAUCUGUGCCCGUUGUCCCUGGUCGUUGAGCCGGCUGUGUCAUAGAGGUCGCUGCGAGGUUCGAUAUUCCCAAUGCGGUCAUCAGUGCCGGGCCCUCUGCGUGGUCGGUAGCUCUGUAGUGCUUGUCAUCUUUAGUGACCCAGAGAGUUCCUGGUGUUGCCCAUCUAUAGGCUACUCCUGCGGCUUGGAGUUGUUUGGUAAUAGGUUGCAUACUUUUGCGCCACAUCAGUGUGGCCCUGCUCAAGUCUUGAAAGAAGGAGAGUUUGCUGUCUUCAAAGUCAAGAGGUGUUUUCCCUUGCAUAGCCGCCAUUAGCCCCAGUUUGUCCAGCAUUCAUUGGCAUCUCAAGAUUAUGUCCCUUGGGGCUGAGUUGGGUGCUUGUGGGGAUUUGGCUAUCCUGUAAACCCCGUCGAACUGGAACGUUUUAGAUUGUCUAGUUGGCAGGAGUGUGGCCACAAGGCGUCUGAUGAAAUGUGGCAACUCUUCCAGCGGUAUCGAUUCAGGUACCCCUCGGAUUUUUAUGUUCUUUCGACGCCCCCUAUCAUCUAGGAGAGUAACUUGCCUGGACAUUGUUGCUUGUGCAGCUUGAAGGUGUCGCACCGUCUCUCCCAAUUCCUGGUAGUUCCCUCUUAGUCCCUUUACCUCCUCUUCUACCGCUUGAGUGCGCGUGGACACGGCGUGCACGUCUAGUUUAAGCACUGCCAGGUCCGCUUCCCACAUUUGUCUUAAGUUCUGCUGCAGGCCUGUCAGCAUAGCCUGUAUGUCUUGUUUGGAGGCCGGUGCGCUGGCUUCUGGCAUCCACGCGUGUGGGGUGUUGGGGAUUGAGGUGUGGGCUGUCUAGUGAUUCUUCCUCCUCUGAUGGUGCUGGGGAGGUUUCACGGGGGGUCUGUGCCUUUACUGCGCUUGGGGCCUGUAACAUUUGGCCUAUGUCGCGCUGUGGUUUUGGGGCGGUUUCUGUGUUCUGCGCCCCAUCUCACCUGAGCUGUGUGUGCUGGGGUACCAGUCCUCAAAUUCUGGGACACUCCAGGGCCAGUGUUCUCCCGUGCUGGGUUGAGGUUGCCUCCCUGCCCGGUAGGCCUUGCCGCCUCGGCGUCUAUUUUUCGAGCCGGCGUCAGGAGAAACGGCAUCGGCGGUUUCAGCGAGGGUCCCUGCGGGCUGUGGCUGAUUAUGUGGCCGGGAUUAGUGCGGGAUGCCCCCGAUGUGGCUGGAUUGCCGUGCGGUAGCUCGGAGCUCCGGCAAUGUGCGACCGCUCCGGUCCGGUGCUAGGCUCCGCCGGAACCGUCUUUCUUAAGGUAGAAUGUUCAAUGAUCAUUUUUCUGUAGAACCAGUGAAAUCAUACGGUGCUGACCUUUUGGCGAUUAUAUAUAUGUCUACUAAGUAUGCACAGCAUUUAAAUAUGGCGUCAUUAUUUCCCUGUCUUUAGUAAGAACCCUAAUGCCAAUGAUAGAGAAAUAAUUAUGGCAAUUUUAUGAUUUUAAGUUACGUUUUGGUUAUGAAGCAAUCAAAUGCUAUAUUUUAGAGAUUGGGAAUCAGUAUAUACAGUUUGGUUUAGAUGUACUGGAGUAAAAGCUGAAAGAACUCUCUAAUCUAGAUAACCACCACAACUCGCUGUAGUCAUUAUGUUGACUAGAGUGUCUUUGUGCCACCCCUCAUUUUAAUGUGAAACCAACCCUUUUGGAAUGUUUUGAUAUAGAAUGGGACUUCCUUCUAGCACCUUGAGACCGCCCCCUUCUGUGCAGCAUUAAUAAUGUGGCAUUAACACUUUUGCGUUAUUAAUAGCAAUUUUGUCCAACUUUGACAGCAUUGAUGGCUGAAAGUGCUGUGGCGGAUUAGAAUUGCUAAACGGUUUGAUUUAAAACAAGGUGACAGCACCAGGAGACUUUGACAAUGUAGCAAAUUGAGCUGUAGUGAUUAUGGUGCUUAGAGUGCUACUUUAAGGAUAAGUGUUACGGUACAAGCCAUUUAAGAAUUACGAUUCUAGGGAUAGGGUAAAACUGAAUUCAAUAUUUAGAUGUACCUAACGCAUACACUCAACACUUGGCAUGUUUAUGCGCAAUGCUGAAAGUUCACUUGGUGUUAGUGACUGGCAGUGUCGGUGAUUUCUCUCUGGGUGAAGUCCCUGUAAGGAUCCAAUUUGCCAUGAUGAUAACAUGUUAAUGGGACAAGUCUCCAUUACUGCACACAUCUACAAGAGCAUUGCUGGAGGUAUAUGGGGCUGUUUUGUAUCACAGCUUGGUCCUUAUUAUAAGCUAGGCAUAUGGAUUCAAUUACUCAGUUAUUCUCAAUGCUGGUAUUCAAUUUAAUAAAUUAGCUGUUAUUUAUACAUUGUGCUAGCAGUUUUACAGGUCUUUCUCCUAGCUGUCAAUCAAUUCUUCGGCAUAGACUCUGUCACAGUAGUAAGUAACCUCACACAGGUGCUCCCCGUACAUAGCAACCAAAGCGCAUGCACUUUGGUUGCUAAUGAAAGUCGCUAGCUAACGCUGCUAGCGCUGGCUAGGGAAUAUUGGAACAGAGUGACGUCACUUCAUUCUGAUGGUGGCAAUGAAGCCAGGCAGAGUGUCACUGUCAUCGAGGAGGUUUGCCCUUUUUUUCGACGUGUACCCAGGCAGGGCAAAUCCGUAAAGAUAGCAGGAGGAGAGCGGGCGGACUGGAGGUGGGUAUUAUAGAAGGAUAACACCCACUUCUAUAAGGGUCAGGUUAGUCGUGACGGUUUCCCUUUAAGAGGUAAAAAAAAAAAACACAAUAUAUAUAUAUUUUUUUAAACUAAAGGGCUGUGGCCAUUAAAGGUUUACAAAGUACCAUAUUUAAAGGAGCACAGCAAGCACCAUAACCACUCCAGCUUACUGUAGUGGUUAUGGUGCCAGGAGUGCUUUGGCGCCCCCUCAUUGUAAGGAGUCAAACCGUGUUUGAACAGUUUGACUUGUUUCCUGGUGUCUGUGGGGGUAAGAAGCCAAACUGUUCAAAAACGGUUUGACGACUUCUUACGAUUAGGGGGGUUCCCUGGCAUCAUAGUCAUUACAGCGUGCUGUUGUGGUUAUGGUGCUCAGAGCAUUCCUUUAAUGCGAGAUUGGGCAAGUAAUGAGCAGAAUUUACUUCUGGAUGACAGAAAAUCAAAAUGAUAAAACUCACAAAUUUAUUCCAAGUCAUAAAUUACUGUUGUGUUUCUGACCUGUUACCCCAUUUGUAUCACUGUUUGUAAGGGGAUUCCAGGCAGCAGAUGCACUCUAAUAUCUAUCUUCUCUCUGCUUCCAGAGUCCUCUUGAUGCAUUCCGCUACCGAUGGUUGGUUUAGAGUAUGACCUCUAGCAAGAAUCCACGCUUCAACCAUUUUCCUGCAGGUGCCACGAAUAUCCCACCAGAGAGCACGAACGGGGUAACUAUUUUCUUAAUCCAUGGGGUUGAUGUAUAGCUUUAGAGCUUGGUAUUGAGAACGCCAUUUACCAUUUCCAAUCAAUGUCAACAGGAAAAAGUGCCUGUUCAGUUCAGAGUUAAAAUGUAUCUCUGGCCUUAUAAAUCCACCCCUAUAUAUUCUGUUAUAUACUCGCUGGUUUUUAAACUUCCCCUGUACCAUGCGUCUGGAUUUAUUCAGAAAAGUAAAAUCUGAACAAGGAAAGGCAGAAUAAAACAGACCUGAGAAGUGAGCUAGAAAAUCAUUACUUUAACAGAUUCUUCAAUAUAAAAAUGUCCUUUUAAUAGUAAGCCAUUCUCUGCAGUCCUUUUAUUUCUUCAUUGGCCAGAUAUAUGAACUGGUAAGAAAGCUGUAAAUUAUUGCUGUAAUGCAUGCCUUGUUUUGGGAGCAGUUUGAGCUGAGAAAAUCCUAACGUUUACUGAUGUUCCUUGUAAAAGCUGCUUAACAAAAUUAUGACCUCUGACCUGUGUCGGUAUUUAGGCAUCUCAAACUCUGGUCCCUAAAGAUGUUGCUGAACUACAACUCCCAUGAUUCACUGGCCAUCUAUCGCAUUCAAAGAAUUCUGGGGGUUGUAGGCCGUCAACAUCUGGCUGGGGAGCAGCGUUUGAGAUCCUUGCUUUUGAGAUAACAGAGAGUAAAGCGUAAGGUCCUCUGGAGCCGGAGAUCCCAUGGCACACUCAACGGGGGGACAAUCUUCUCACCAGGGCUACAUGUUAACUUGCCAGUGGCUGGUGGGAAUCUUGAGUCCUGAUCCAGAAUGACAAAGGGUUUAGUGGUUCCUCUCUGCCUCCACCUUAUUGCAGCCUUGCAAACUGUGACUAUGACACUGCAAACAUACACAAGGAGAAUGGAAAGAGUGAGAGCUGAUCUUCACUCCUUCCUAAUUGAACUUCAGUGUGUACCGCCCAUCUGCCAGAGCAGAGGUGCUUCUAGAGAGAUAUUAUUUUAGUAAGUCUACACAUCGGCCUCUCUUUGUUUUCUUCUCACUGAAUCUACCUUUGUCUUUCACCUGUUCCCCCUCUCUGUCCGCUGUGUUUGCAUACUCCCCUUCCUUUGGUCUUUGUUUCUCUUACUGGUUUCCCCUGCCUUUUUCUCUCUUUUUCUCUUUUCAGGACAGUGAUAAAUUGUUUAUUUUUAGCAUUCGUUCCCAUUUCUUUUGUCCUCCCAGACCAGAAUGGAGACCACGUUUGGUCCGGCCUUCUCUGCAGUUACAACUAUAACUAAAGGUAAAUGAAAGCCCUGAACUCCUUAGGGCCAUAAAGAGGAUUUUAGUCAAAAAUAGCCAAAUUAGAAACUUUUUCCAAAUUUAUUUUUCCCCAUCUUGGCUAAUUCAACCUACAACUAGCUAUUCCUUGAUGCAUUCAGCACAAUUUAGUAAGUAAUUGAUUAAUGGAAAACUGAAAACACGGUUUUGGUAAAUGUAUGACUCCUGGAUGGGGGGUAACCGCUAAUGUGUGUAAUACUGAAAACAAGGGAGAAAAAUCAGGAGUGCAACUCUAUGUAUAAUGUACACAGUCAAAGUGUAAUCAAAACGGAACUUUUAAUAAAACUUAAAAUCAGAGAUCUGGUGAAUGGUGCCACCGCCCUUAAAACAAUGAUAUUUCCAUAUACUUUCAAGGAUAGGGAGAGCCUACGUAUAGGAAGUUAGAUACUGGAUAGUGUCCUCUGUUGUGUGAGAGGCACUAGUGAAAAUCUAAGGAGGGGACAAAAUAAUGCCUUCUAGUGGUCAAGCUGAUGUUGGUAUUUGGCAGAUUUGUCAUAACUUCUGGGACCUUAGAUAAUACUGUGCUAUACACUGUUGGCACAAAAGUAAAAUGAAACACUUAGAGACCACUAUAGUGCCAGGAAAACAUACUCGUUUUCCUGGCACUAUAGUGCCCUGAGGGUGCCCCCCGAGGGGGGAUGAAGGGGUUAAACUUACCUCUUUCUCCAGCGCCGGGCGGGGAGCUCUCCGCCUCCUCUCCUCCUCUUCGGCUGAAUGUGUAUGCGCAGCAGGAGCUGCGCGCGCAUUCAGCCAGUCUCAUAGGAAAGCAUUUAAAAUGGUUUCCUAUGGACGCUGGCGUCUUCUCACUGUGAUUUUCAGUGAGAAGCACGCAAGCACCUCUAGCGGCUGUCAAUGAGACAGCCACUAGAGGCUGGAUUAACCCUAACAUAAACAGAAACUGCAAUGUUUAUUAAAAAAAAGGGUUAACCCUAGCUGGACCUGGCACCCAGACCACUUCAUUAAUCUGAAGUGGUCUGGGUGCCUAUAGUGGUCCUUUAACUCUUUAGGCACAGGCAGCAAUGAGUUAUCUGCUUUAACUCUGCCACGAGUUCAAUGUAAGAAAGUGAUAAAGCGAGAGCUGAAUUGGUCACUUCAACUAAACAGUGCUUUCCAAUGGUAACAGAAAAGCAACCUGUAUCACUAUGCAAACAGGAACAGCAGUAAGGUGUCUGCUUUAACUUUACCACCAGUUAGAUUUCAGAAAAUGGUUAGAGCCGAGGUGGACAGGUCUCCUAUUUGUGAUGAACAAUCUCCUAGCGUGGGGCAGGGAGGAAUUGUAGAGAUGUUCAGCCGAUGCUAUGUAUGGUAAUGUUAUUCUAAUUGGUAUCGUAGCCAACUGGAUAAGAUUAACAAUAGAGACAUAUAACUAAUGGAGCAACUAGGGAAUGGUAGGGAAAAUAGUUGCAUAGACAAUAUGAAACCUGACAUGAAUAUCCUGCUGCUAUCGAAGAUUCCAGUGUGCCUUCAAGGGCACCCUUUAACCACAAUAAAUCUGAUCCUUAGAAGCUAGUUCUACAUUCUUCCUCCCCCAGAAGACAGUAUAAUAUUAGACAGGAAGUUGUAAACUCAAAGUAGAUCCUAUUGUGCUAGAUGCGGUGGCUAAUUAGUAUGAUAAAAUUGCAAAAGCAUUCUGUAAAGAUGAAUGCUCUCUCCCAAUAGACCAGGUGUGCCUGAAUGCUAAAGGCACGCUCAUAGUCCGGUAGCUGGAAAGUGCGCGUGUUGGUGCCCCUGGUGGGCGUUUUGCCACUAAGGCUCAUCAGAGGGGAGCCAGACCAUUCAAGGAGUCCAGUUAAAAAGGGGGACGCUUAAUGUCUAUUGGUUCAUUUGAAAAAGGUGAGCACCAAUUAGAGCUUCCCUGGUGGGUUCUGAUUGGUUGAUGCUAAUAGACUGCUAUUCAAUCACGAAUUGUUGGAAAUGUAGAGCGGGUUAAUGGCGUGGAUGCCUGCAUCCACAGCACUAUUACAGAUUCCUAAGUGUAAUUGUUAUGAAGAUCUCUAGGUCAUACGUGGACACAUUAUGCCAACAAGUAAUGGCUGUAAUUAGUAUUUGACUACUAUCUGUAUUAUCACACAAGGUAGAGGAAAUAUGGAUUGGUGUCCACAUUGUAAAUUAAUAGGACUUCCAUUUAAGGGAUAAUAUGGUUACACUAUACACCCACAAGUGGCACUCCUGAUUUUUCUUGCUUGUCUUUAGUAUAACUGAUUAAUAGUGCACCAAGUUUCUAUAAGGACAAACGUACAGUGACUCUACUCAAUUCUACCUGCAUAGUAUUAUGUAGCAAUCAUUGGUCUAAAGGGAUACUGUUACCUACAAUAAUGACUGAAAAGUACAUUCAUACAGCCACCAACAGUUUAGGGACUAGUUAUCAGUGAAUUAAUAUGUACCACGUAAACCGCAAGGCCUUUUUAUAUUUCGAAAGACAAACCAUUUUAAAGAGACACCAUAAACACCUCCAUCUCAAUAAAGUGGUCUGGGUGCAGCGCCCCUGUCUUUUUAACCUUGUAAUGUAAAACAUUGCUGUUUCCUAGAUAUGGCUAUUUUUAUUUUUAUUUUUAAUUGUCGGUUUUACAAACCUUUUUCUGACUGCCUUUUGAGACACUUUUGCUGCUAUAACCGAAGCACUCCAUUAUAAUAUAUUUCCUUAUUAUUACAUAUGUAAUAAUAAGGAAAUAUAUAAAAAAAUCCUUGAAAGUGAAUGUCCCCCUUUUAAAGUGUACAUUCUCAGCUUCCACCUUUCUUCCUCUCUUUAGCUGUUCUUAAGCUAGGAGAUGUACACAGUAAGCAUGCAUAUUCUCUUUGAGGGUAUGUGAACAUACAGCUUGCAGAAGUUGCAGCCUUUCCAAGCCCCCACUCUCUUUCCCUAGCUCAGACUCUCCAUCUAUGCCAGGGAAUUGACCAGCCAGAGUCUUCGUGAUCACAGCUUUCCAAUGUUUCUCAGUGAGCGGUUGUACAGCUCUGAGAAGGCAAAAGCAGGCGCUCUUUAGCCCAGCAAGCCUGCAACUUCUGUUUGCUCUGUGGAUCUAAUGGAAUCUAAAGAAAACCUUGUGAUUGUCUGUCAGCCAGGGAGCUGUCCCUGCCCUCAGUUUAAAAAGAGCUGGUUUCUAUUAAAGUCUGCACUUUUAUAAACUGUCAGAAAUAUGACAGACUCCAGACACGCAAAGCACUUCAGCAAGUCGUUUGGAGUGUUCCUUUUUAUAAAAAGUUUUAUCAUAUUCUAAAUAAUAAAAAACAACUCGAAAACAUUAAUGACAGUCCAGCUUCAAAUAAAGGAAACCCUUCUAAUGAGAAGACCAUAUAAUAAUUGACAUUUUAGUUAUGGGUUCUAGAUACAAACUAUUACCGUUAUUCCUUUCUCUUGCAGCUGAUGGGACAAACACGUUUAAACAGCACCGCCGGACCCCAUCGUCUUCCAGCACCAUGACAUUCUCCUCCAGAGAUGAAGACGAUGUUAUGGUAAGUUAAAGCACCAGUACUUUAAAUAGCAGACAUGAUACAAAACAGGGGUUUCCUAAAGGUUUACCCCCAGCUGUAGGACUACAAUGACCAUGAUGCUUUGAGAGCAUUAAAGGGUUACUACAAUCCCAUUGUAGUGGUUUUGUUGCCAGUAGGACUCUGUCCCAGUUCUCCAAUGUUUAGCAAUAUUUUUGCAGGGCUGCAGGAGCCAAUCAAGUUGCCAUCCAUUGGCGGAGAGCGUCAGCUGACCAUGCUCAGCCAAUGAAUAGCCCAUUGUGCAUGAAAAUAUGCACAUAAUUGACAUUAAGUAGGCCAGAACUCUUGUUCUGGGCUGGCUAAUGGUGCCCUGGUGGCACUGCUGAAGGUGGAGUUACACCUCCGACAUUUAAGGGGCUAAAUUCUCUAUGUGCAUAGUUUCAAAGUGAAAUGCUGCACAUACAGACUCCAGGCACCAUGACCACUUCAAAUCACUGAAGUGGUCAUGGUGUUUUGAGUAACCCAUUAAGAAUGACACAGCAUCAAGGGACCUUCAAUUCUGCAACUCCUCAGAUUCUAACCUUUGGCCACCCUUGAUAUAGAACAAAUAUGUCCUAACUUUACCUAACAGCUGCUGUUAGACUACAAUUCCCAUCAUUCUCGUGGAUAUUGUAGUGUAACAGUUGAAAAACUACAGUAAGACCCAUUGUUAUAGUAUGAUCAUUUAAAGUUCCUGCUCUGUGAAGUCCAAUGAUGAACUUUGCUAAUAACUUACAUUGAUCUUUUUUAUAUCGCAAUAAAGUCCUAGAUAUUAAAAAAUAAAAACCGUAAUCCACCGAGUUAAUUCACAGAUGAGGGCAAACCUAAGCACCUCAGUGGUUCGUGAACUCAAUUUCCCAGUUGGCUGAGAACUCUAGGAAUUGUAGUUCACGGAUAGCCGGGCUAGAGAAAACUAGUGUUCGUUUUCACGCUCUGCCCAGCUGAGCUAUAGAUCUUUUUCUACUAGUUGGGCCUCAGUGUUGCAGCUUAUUUAGCAGCUUGGCAAACUAACCUGUAUGCCAUAAGAUAAAGUUACUUUAUGGGGUUAAAAAGUGCAACCCCCCCCCCCCUCCAUACGCUCAAUAUAAGCCCCCCUUCCUCUUGCCUCCUCAUUUCUCUAGCAGGAAGCUGCUCAGCUCUCUGAAUUCAAUAGGAGGAAAUGUGCACAUAUACACAGCAAGCAGACCUGGCAGGAGUCAGACUCAGAGAGUGGAGCAGCACAUACUGAAUAGACACAGGGAGAGCCUACAGACUGUGUUCCUUCCAGCAUAGAGCUGUAUCAUAGCCGGCCUAAUUCUCACCUUCUUAUCAGAGAUGGAGCAGUCCCCGGGGGUGCGGAGAAAUUAGCCAAGUAUUAUCUCCGUAGUCCAGGAAAAAGGGAAUCUGAAUGGUCAGCUAGGUGAAGAUGAACGGGAAACAAAACGAGGAUUUUUGGGACGGACGCUUGAUUUUGUAUCACGGAUUAUUGUAGGAUCUCUCAUUCUCUUAUCUAAUUCAAAACAGAGCUUGUUGAUGUUCUUAUAGUAAGGAUUUACCAACUUACGCACCUUAUUUCCCUGAAUUUCUUUAGCCUCCUAUUAGCACUCCCAGACGCUCCGACUCGGCCAUAUCCGUUCGGUCCCUGCAUUCGGAGUCCAGCAUGUCUUUACGCUCCACCUUCUCUCUCCACGAAGAUGAAGGAGAGCCGGUAAGGCCUAACACUUAAAGGGGAGGCAGAGCUGCAGAGAGCUGUAAGUAGCUGUGCGUUGGCGGGUUCCUAUUAAUUUUGGAACUAUUUCACGGCCGUUCUCUAUAGAGGAACUCAUCACGGUGGAAUGCUGCUAUGUAUAAAAAAAAAAUACCCUGGGAAAACUUUUCUCUAUUAUUUUUUUUAUUAAAAGUGAGCCUGUUGACUAAAACCAGUAUUAGGCUAACCUAUCGAGUUUCUGUUACAAUUAUCCACAGUGUGGCAGAGUUUGAAGUUUUUUUUAAUAUGUUUUAGUCUGUCUUUAUUGGUAGAACCAUACAGGAACACAGAUUCAUUUAUUUUUGUCACUGUGCAAAAACAAGAUCUGUGUUGCUGCUUCCCGCACCGGUUGUAAUGUUUUACGAUAUGGUGACAGAUUCAUUUUACUAGUGCUAGAGUGGCUGGUAUAUUUUGUGAUCCUAAGAGCUUACAAUCUGUUGGGUUUUUCCCCCCAACUUCCUUUCCUCUGGCUUGCAGCAGUUUGCUCCGCAUUGCGGUAUAUUUGCUGCUAAAAGCAGUGUCUUAGCGCACUAUCCCUGCGCUAAGGUGUGCUGUUUUGCGCCAGUUCAGAGCAAAUGGAGUCCGGGGUGUCUGUCUGCAGAGAUAUUGUGAUGGUAAAACCUGUCUCUCUUUUUUUCUUACACCCCCAGGAUCCCCUAGUGUUUGCUGAGCAGCCAUCUGUCAAACUCUGCUGUCAGCUUUGUUGCAGCGUCUUUAAAGACCCCGUCAUCACCACAUGUGGGGUAAGUGUUCAUUCAGCAAAAACUGAAAUUGUGCAUAUCCCCUCUCCCCCCCACCCCCCAAAAAAAAAUCAAUAGUCUUAAAAGCCUGUUCUAUAAAACUUGUCUUCUAAUUAACAUGCACUGUAUUAAUAUUAAACAGUCCUUGAUUAUGGAGAUAUAAAAAGAACAACAAAAAAAAGAGGUUACGAGGGUCCUGCAAAAACAAUUUCAAAUCUUUUUAAUGUUGCUUAUGUUUUCCUGAGUGUGUAUACUUCAAGAAUAUCUGUUAUUUUAAAGGAGUAAGAUUAGUUUUACAAUAACCCAGGGACAAGCUGAAAUGUUGGGCUUGUCUUUCUGGGGUCACUGUGAGAACGUUAUUUGUUGCUGAAAGUUGUCCGAUUCUGGCUGGUCAAUGAACCUUUUGAUAUCACUUAGGUCAUUCCCCCCAGUGGCCAGCCUUUUCUGGUUAAUCUGGGUUGACGUAAUGUUUGUAUUGAGGAAAUUGAGUCACAUAUGGAAUAUUCUUAGCAUGGGAGAGCUCCGUGUAAAAGCUGUGUGCAGAGCAUGGUUUAAAGGAACACUAUAGUUCCCUAAAUUACUUUAGCUAAAUAAAGCAGUUUUAGUGUAUAGAUCAUUCCCCUGCAAUUUCACUGCUCAAUUCACUGUCAUUUAGGAGUUAAAUUACUUUGUUUCUGUUUAUGCAGCCCUAGUCACACCUCCCCUGGCUAUGAUUGACAGAGCCUGCAUGAAAAAAAACUGGUUUCACUUUCAGACAGAUGUAAUUUACCUUAAAUAAUUGUAUCUCAAUCUCUAAAUUGAACUUUAAUCACAUACAGGAGGCUCUUGCAGGGUCUAGCAAGCUAUUAACAUAGCAGGGGAUAAGAAAAUCUUAAUUAAACAGAACUUGCAAUAAAGAAAGCCUAAAUAGGGCUCUCUUUACAGGAAGUGUUUAUGGAAGGCUGUGCAAGUCACAUGCAGGGAGGUGUGACUAGGGUUCAUAAACAAAGGGAUUUAACUCCUAAAUGGCAGAGGAUUGAGCAGUGAGGCUGCAGGGGCAUGUUCUAUACACCAAAACUGCUUCAUUAAGCUAAAGUUGUUCAGGUGACUAUAGUGUCCCUUUAAUGAACUCCUGCAGAAUAUAUUACAUGGUCCACGCGUACAGUAAAUAAACCCGCCUGAUUUCUAGCACACACAUUUAAUGUUAGCAGGUGGGCUCUGUACUCUACACCCAACACCUUCUGUAUUAAAAUAUUCUUAUUGGCUACUUAUCCUUUACUAUUUUUAUAUAACUUGAAGUUAUACAGUGUUGUUUUUGCUUCCACUGCACAGAUUAUUUAUCUACUCGGUGUUGGCAGAUAAAUCACUCACCCAGAAUGAUCCACACCUCACCUAGGGCAGUGAUAUGUCAAUGUGAUUGUGUGUGUUGUUGUAUGUCUAUGUAUGUGACCAAGUGUUUGAUUGUAUGUCUAUGUAUGUGACUGUGUUUGUGUGUGUAUAUUUGUAUGUCUAUGUAUGUGACUGCCUGUGUGGUUGUAUAUCUUUGUAUGUGACUCCCCUCACCUAGGGCAGUGAUAUAUGUGUAUGUGAUUGUGUGUUUUGUUGUAUUUCUAUGUAUGUGACCAAGUGUUUGAUUGUAUGUCUAUUAGGGAUCGACCGAUUAUCGGUCUGGCCGUUAUCAGUUGAUAUUCAGUUUUUUUUCAGCAAUAUCGGUAUUGGCCAAUAAAGAUACCGAUAUUGCCGAUAAGGCAGACCUGGGCCGCGGCACACUCUUACUUACCUUCUCAGAAGCUCCCUUCAGCUCCCCUGCCUCACUCUCGCGAGUCUCGCGACCGUCAGAGCAUUGACGAAGGUAAGUAAGAGUGUGCUGGGUGCAUAUCCCCCCUCCCUGGCCAGGAAAGAAGCAGGGAGGGGGGACUAAAACAAAAUGUCUAAUAUCGGUACGUUAUCGGCCUGAAAGUUCGCAGAUCAUCGGAAUCAGGUCGAUCCCUAAUUGUCUAUGUAUGAGGCUGUGUUUGUGUAAUUGUAUGUGUAUCUAUGUGGCUGAAUGUAUGAUUGUAUGUGAUUGUAUAUGUGUGUGUGUAUUUGUAUGUCUAUGUAUGUGACUGCCUGUGUGGUUGUAUAUCUAUGUAUGUGACCUAGUGUGAUUGUAUGUCUAUGUGUGUGACUAAGUGCGAUUGUAUGUCUAUGUAUGUGACUGUGUGUGCGGUUGUAUGUCACUGUGUGUGAGAUUGUAUGUCUAUGUAUGUGACUGUGUGUGAUUGUGUGUCUAUGUAUGUGACUGUGUGUGUGCGAUUGUAUGUCUAUGUAUGUGACUGUGUGCGGUUGUAUGUCGCUGUGUGUCUAUAUAUGUGACUGAGUGUGAUUGUAUGUCUAUGUAUGUGACUGUGUGUGAUUGUGUGUCUAUGUAUGUGACUGUGUGUGUUUGUGUGUCUAUGUAUGUGACUGUGUGUGUAUCUAUAUAUGUAUUAAUGAUGGUGUUGCUAGAUACAUGGUUGAUUGAAGCAGAACAUUAGCCUUGACUGGACUUUGUCAGACAAAAACCUGAAUACACAACUGGAGACAAUUCUCCAAUUUGUUUUUCCUGUUCAGCUGUUUUGUCAGUUCCCUAGUUAAGUCCCGGUUUAGUGAAUUUUUUUGGCUCAGGUUUGAAAAGUUCUGCUCUUGGCAAGGAAGGAGUAGAUGGGUCACUGCGCCUGGUCCUUCCUCCCCUGCUCAUUCUGAUCAAAUCGCAGGCCGAGCUGUGGAAAGAGUGUGCGGGAAAUUGACAGAGAGCAGGCCUCGUUGGCAGUGUUCCCCGACCAGGAGCCAGAACACGGCAGCUGUGCUUCUCAGGGAGGGGGGGGGGGAGGGGGGGACAGGAGGGCUGUGCUAUAUGAAGCAAACUUUUAUCAGGGGUUAGCUGUGCACAACCCAGUAAGCAACGUGCCAGCUGACCAAAGCAAAGGCCAAAAGGGUUCUGGGAGAGCCCUAUGUAAAUAAAGAAAUAUUCUGAAAACAAAUCCCUGGCUCUUUUAAUCCGAUGUAAGGUAGGACAAAUAACUGUAUGCCCAGAACGUUGAAUAUACUGUGAAUUUCCGUUUAAAAUGUCAGAAGACACAGUAAAGAUAUUAAGGGGUUUGUUCACUAAACAGUUUGUUGUAGUUAAAUUGACUUCCAAGUUAUAGAAUAGCCAACAAUAUCCCCCUCCCAUGACCAGUAUGACUAACAUUUUCUUUGACUCGGUGGUUAUGGUGAAUAAAGAACAGACUAGAACUAUAGUCCAGAGGUCAGUUUGGUGAUUGGCGUUUAAGAGGUGUUGCAGCAUCUGUGGUCAGUCAUAAGGCGAGCACUAGAACUGUCUCCUGUCUCCAACUACAAAUUAUUGUAGUGAUUAUGGUGCAAGGAGCCCCCGCCUCUGCUCUAAGAAUAUAGGCUCUAUCAACUUUUGGCUGCCUGAAAGUGAUGGGAGGUGUGAUGGAGCUACAGCUAGAAUGUGGAAGAUAGCUUUUUGUUUUGUAUAAAACAGGUUUAUUUUAGAGAUUGCUGACCUGGGGAAUUCAAAAGCUGAGGACUACAUUCCAGUUGUAAGCAUUGUGAGAAACGUAGUGUACAGCUGGUGUUGGUUUAUAGAGCGUUUCUAGCACACAGAUGUUUGAUUUCUGUUACAAGCUGGUAUAUCAGACUAACCCCUGUCUCCUAUCUCUCCUAUAGCACACAUUCUGCAGGAGAUGCGCCUUAACAUCUGGUAGGUACAUCCUCACACCCGCAGAUCCUCUCUGUGAUAGAUUGUCUUAUGCUGGACAAGGGAUUCUAUGCAUUUCAUAAAGGUUUAGUGAGAACAAUACAGGAAGCACACAACAUGAAGGCAACUGGAAAGGGAUGUGUUUCUGUCUUUACCUGUCUGUCACUCUCUUUCUGCGUGUCUCUGCCUUUACCUGUCUCUGUCAUUCUCUUUCUGUGUGUCUCUCCCUUUACCUCUCUUUCUCUCACUUUCUGUGUCUCUGCCUUUACCUGUCUCUCUCUUGCUUUCUGCGUGUCUCUGCCUUUACCUGUCUCUGCCACUCUUUCUGUGUGUCUUUGCCUUUACCUGUCUCUGUCACUCUCUUUCUGCGUGUCUCUGCCUUUACCUGUCUCUGUCAUUCUCUUUCUGUGUGUCUCUGCCUUUACCUGUCUCUCUCUAUCACCCUCUUUAUGUGUCUCUGCCUUUACCUGUCUGUCACUCUUUCUGCGUGUCUCUGUCUUUACCUGUCUGUCACUCUCUUUCUGCGUGUCUCUGCCUUUACCUGUCUCUGUCAAUCUCUUUCUGCGUGUCUCUGCCUUUACCUGUCUCUGUCAAUCUCUUUCUGCGUGUCUCUGCCUUUACCUGUCUCUGUCACUCUCUUUCUGUGUGUCUCUGUCUUUACCUGUCUCUCCCACACUUAUCACCAUUACUGUUUUAUAGUGCCAAAACAUUCCACCAUGUGGUAGUUGUCAGACAAAAAAUUGUUGACAGAACUAAGAGUUGAAGAGGAAGCGGGGUAAAGUACAGUGUGUCAGAGGGGAGAGUGCCGGGUAUCACACCUGUAUCUAGGUAAACGUGUUGUGUGGGAGAGCGAUUGAAUGUAAUGUGAGAGAGUAUUACAGACGGUGGACACCUCAGGUAUGUGAGCAGGGACAAGAUGACUGGCAUAGACAAAGAUGUUCACCCAGGAAGAUAAAGUCUCAGAGUUGUCUGAUAGUAAGAGCUAGGGCAUACUUUGGGUACAUCUUGCAUUAGAUAGAACUGAAUACGAGCAAUGUUUUUAAGGUGGCAGUAUCUCCAUUUGGAGAUAAAACACAGUCUGUAAUACAAAAAUGAAGAGACUUCUAGGAUAAUACUUUGUCAGGACCUAGGGUGUAUUAGAUGGUAAAAACGCACCCACAAACCGAUCAUUGAUAGUAGGCACAUCAGGUAAGUCUUACAAGCAGGCUGUUUGUCUCCUCAAUAAGAAUUCCACAUAAAGGGGAAAAAAGGAAAGCACUAAUCGUGAAGAGCUGCUGGUAUAUAACACAAUUUAAUAUACAAGUUGCACUUACAAGAGAGAACAUUUUAAAAGGCACAUCAAUAGGGUAGAAGAUGAUGGUGUCCUGAUAACAAUCCUCUCUCUCCCCAGAUGGCAGAAAACAUAAUAAAUACAAAAAAAAUAAAGUAAACAACAGCAAAAUAAACAAAAUUGAAAACAAUCGUUCUCACGAGGUGCAAACCAGUAUAUAAACCCUACGCGUUUCGUCCCAAUUGCUGAGACUUCCUCAGGGGAAAAAAAAAUAAAACCUUUUAUUUGCGGCUGCCACGUUUUUGAGUGCAGUUUUACCCAUUUAGUACACCGAUGGUACUCACACAGUAUUAUCCUAUGAGUCUCUUCAUUUUUGUAUUGCAGACUUUGUGUUUUGUUUUAUUUGUAUAUUGAGGACCUGGAGGAGUCCUGUGGUCUACAAUACUUUACAUAGGGGUAAUAUUGAUUUAUAUACAUUUUUAUUCCCCCACUGUAUUUACACAUAUAUAGAGGUGUGUUUGACAAUUUCUUCUAUUGCCAUUUGGAGAUACACUGGGCAGAAGGUCAGACCAGAGUUAAUAGUGACAUCAGUGGGCAUUUAACUGACCUGCAGAGAGGCUGACAAUAGAGGGAAUCAAAGUUCAAGUCGUUCAGUCAACAUUACAAGCACAGAUUAAAAGAAAAUGAAUGUUGUGUAGCCAUUUAUCCAUUCUGUUUCUGUGUGUCUCUGAAUUCCUGCCAUUAUCUCCCAUUCUGUUUCUGUGUGUCUCUGAAUUCCUGCCAUUAUCUCCCAUUCUGUUUCUGUGUGUCUCUGAAUUCCUGCCAUUCUCUCCCAUUCUGUUUGUGUGUCUCUGAAUCCCUGCCAUUCUCUCCCAUUCUGUUUCUGUGUGUCUCUGAAUUCCUGCCAUUCUCUCCCAUUCUGUUUCUGUGUGUCUCUGAAUUCCUGCCAUUCUCUCCCAUUCUGUUUCUGUGUGUCUCUGAAUUCCUGCCAUUAUAUCCCAUUCUGUUUCUGUCUCUGAAUUCCUGCCAUUCUCUCCCAUUCUGUUUCUGUGUGUCUCUGAAUUCCUGCCAUUAUAUCCCAUUCUGUUUCUGUCUCUGAAUUCCUGCCAUUCUCUCCCAUUCUGUUUCUGUGUGUCUCUGAAUUCCUGCCAUUAUAUCCCAUUCUGUUUCUGUCUCUGAAUUCCUGCCAUUCUCUCCCAUUCUGUUUCUGCGUGUCUCUGAAUUCCUGCCAUUAUCUCCCAUUCUGUUUCUGCGUGUCUCUGAAUUCCUGCCAUUCUCUCCCAUUCUGUUUCUGCGUGUCUCUGAAUUCCUGGCAGUCCCUACUUUUGUGAAUACCGCUGUAAGAGUGACAAAGUGAAUUUCAUAAUUUAGUCAAACAGUUAAGCUAAAACCUCCAAGUCAAUUUUGUUUUUAAUUUGGAGAUUUUGGCUUUAAAUGUGAAAUUCACUAUGAAUUCCGUGCAAUGCUCACUUUAGUCAUGAACCCUGUCAGUGUGUCUCUGUCUUUGCCUGAGAUUGAAGGUCUGCCAGCUGACAGUGAUAGGAGUUAAACAAAAAAAAAAACACACAUUCAACAGACCUUCAGCUGAUAAAAUGUGAUGCCUUCUUUAAAACCGCAAGGCAAGCCUUAUGAUAUGAAUUGUGCAACACCGGAAGAACCAGGAGUAGGUAACAGGUUUAUGUAUCCGUAUGCCAAAGGUCAGACAUUUAAAGCCAAGUAAAAAAUAUAUAAUAUGUCAUCAAAAUAAAGCUCUGUCAUAACAGGUUCUCAGUAUUGAUCGGUAAAAAUUUGAGAAUUGUUGUUGGGGUGUUUUUUGGAGGGGGGUCCAUUACAGGCACCAUAAUUUAUCUGUUUAAAUUGAUGUAAAACACACAUUUCCAUGAUUGCCUCUUAGUGGCACAGAGCCAGGUUCUAUUGCUGUAUCGCCAUGGAAACCUGCAUUUAUUAAAACUGUAAAAUAAAGAUACACAUUUUUCUACUUUCCCAGAUGGAGCCAAUAAUGAUUUAAUCUUGUCUGUUUUGUUGUUUUUGCCUAGAAAAGUGCCCAGUGGAUAAUGCAAAACUGACCGUGGUGGUAAAUAAUAUUGCUGUUGCUGAGCAAAUAGGGGAGCUGUUUAUUCACUGUAAAUACGGGUGCCGUCAGUCUGCCAAUGGGAAGCCGGCUACUUUUGAAGUGGAUCCCCACGGCUGCCCCUUUACCGUAAAACUCAGUGCCAGGAAGUAAGUCCCUGAUCUGCGUGGGGGUCUAUAGCAUGGUGCCAUUCCUCUGCCUGCCUCGGAGGGUCUGGGUUUCAGUUCUACUUUCACCCAUUCAGAAGCUGGAAUGAGUGGGACAAGUUAAGACAAAAUGCUAAGAAUAUAGGGAUAAUGUGGCACUUUGGGGUGUAUACUUGUGAGGGACAUUGCAAAACAGCAAGGUAACCCACAUAGUAAGAGAAAAAGGGGUCUGCUGGGAGUAAAAUUGGACGGUUUGGAUGAGAGUGACAAGAAUAUAGGGAAGCAAAGGUAUGAAUUGGAGUAAUAUGAGUAUUGGGAGUGGAAGGAAUGGAUGAGAGUGAUAUGAAUAUUGGUAGAGGAAGGAAUGGAUGAGAGUGAUAUGAGUAUUGGCAGAGGAAGGAAUGAAUGAGAGUGAUGCGUUUUGGGAGAGGAAGGAAUGGGUUGGAGUGAUCUGAGUUUUGGAAAAGGAAGGAAUGGAUGGGAGUGAUAUGAGUUUUGGAAAAGGAAGGAAUGGAUGGGAGUGAUAUGAGUUUUGGGAGAGGAAGGACUGGAUGGGAGUGAUAUGAGUUUUGCAAGAGAAAGGAAUGGAUGGGAGUGAUCUGAGUUUUGGAAAAGGAAGGACUGGAUGGGAGUGAUAUGAGUUUUGCGAGAGUAAGGACUGUAUGUGACUAAUAGGAGGAUGCUAAGAGUAAUGGUUCAGUAGAAUUGAUGGUAAGAUGGGAAAAGGAAACAUGUGGGGGGUCCCUGAAUGCCUAUUAAAUUGCUGUUAAGUAUAACAUAAUUUAUACUAAGGCACCACUGCUGCUGACUCAUUCUGUUUUGGAGUUCACCUUCUUUACUAUAACUCUCUCCUUGUCCAUUCCCUCAGGGACCAUGAAGGCACCUGUGAUUACAGACCCGUGCGCUGUCCUAAUAAUCCCAAUUGCCCCCCUCUGCUAAAGAUGAAUAUGGAGGGCCACCUCAAAGAGUGUGAACACAUAAAGUGCCCUCAUUCCAAAUAUGGGUAGGUAUAAUCCCACACUGAACUGGGCUUCAAACACCAAUAGGAUUAAUGUUUAACUAUUUUUAGAUAUGUGUAGAGAAACUCAUAGAAACAUAGAAUGUGAUGACAGACUCUGGGGCAGAGUUCUGUAAGUGGAGCAGUCAACAGGUUUCCACGGUGAUUGCUCCGCUUUAUAGUACGCUGCCCUAGGAUUGCAAAUUAUACAGUACAUGUAAUUGUUUAGAUUGUACCUUGAUUGUUUGUCAGCGUCUUACAUUUUAGUACCAGCGCACUUGGUAGUUUUAUUGAAGAACAUUGCAGGUAGCUGGACACCUUUCAUACAGUUUAUGAAGCUUAUGGUGAGGUGACAUACUUUGCUCAAUAUGCUUGUGAAAUUUGCAGAAAACAUUUAGUGAUGAACAAAUCACCAUCCAUGUUUACCCCAAAUUGUUUUAUUUUUUAAAUGUUUUUUUACAUCUUCUCAAAACCUUGGCAAUUUGUAAAUCCUGUGUUAUUUUAUAUGUGAUAGACACAAUAUACCUCUUUCCUUUUUCACUUUACUGGAUGGGGGACAUAAGAAGUUGAUUCCAGUAAUAGCAGGGAGGCUCUGAAAUUUAUCUUUUUUGGUUCAAAAGUACCACGUACAGGAAACACACAUAAGCAUUCUUCUUAAAAAAAUUUUUAUUUUUGUGGUGCCAGACAAAAGAUAUUACAGGCAGAUGAGAGGUGCCCCGAAAGCAGUCCUUAAGCAAUUUCCACACUUAACAUGCAGGGCAUAAGGUUCACACACGAGCAUUCUUUUUUUUUUUGACAUUCUUUAUUUUAAUGGAUUGUCGUUGGUACAAAAUGGUAAACACUUGUGGAUACAACAGUAUACAGAUAACAAUGUGUAGACCGGUUGUCGUAAAAGCUCCUACUACAUCCCACUAUUCCUGCAGGGGAGUGCCUGGGUGUCUGAGACCCCCCUCGGUUGUGCCUCGAGAGCGACCCAAGCGAGGGGGUCAACUUUUUGUGAGUAGUUAUCUUUGAUGGGGAAGUGAUAGCGGAGCGUUAUAGCUAGUGGUUGGGACGAGAGGUUUAACACCCCUGUGUGAGUCGGGGGCGAUCAUCACACACACAAGCAUUCUUAUCAUUAAUUUGAUCUCGUAUGAGUUACUCACGUCCUGGUGAACUUGAACAGCUGGUAACCAUCUUUGUUCUUUGACUUCCAGGUGUGCAUUCAUUGGGAACCAGGACACGUAUGAGACACACCUAGAGAUGUGUAAGUUCGAAGGGUUGAAGGAGUUUCUGCAGCAGACAGAUGACCGAUUCCACGAGAUGCAGGUAGCCAUGACCCAAAAGGAUCAGGAGAUCGCAUUCCUGCGCUCCAUGCUAGGGAAGCUGUCUGAGAAGAUUGACCAGCUGGAGAAGAACCUGGAGCUGAAAUUUGGUAGGAAACCUCUUUCUUCUUCACCUUGUCUUCAUAUCCAGUUUAUGGAUAAACAUGUUCAUAAUUCUAUUACCCAUCAGGCCAUGUUACACCUGCUUUUUAAAUAACCACUUAAUUGACAAUAGAACAGAAUUUUAAAAUCGGACAGCAAAGGGUUUCUAGACGUCCCUUGUACCUAAGUAUAUUUAUUGAUCUACAGAGGUAUAGUCAUACUAGUUCUCUCUUCACUCACCCUCUUUAGUUAUGGUCACACUUAUCUCCUCUGGGUUUUGAAGUGCCCUGACAAAUACCUGAAUAUUUGUUUAUGUCAAGUCCUCCGGUUGUUCUCAAUGAUGUCUGUAUUCUCUUGUUUUUAACUCCUGCAUGGAAAACCCAACUGUCUAAUAUCUACUCUUGCAGAUGUCUUGGAUGAAAACCAAAGCAAAUUGGGUGAAGACUUGAUGGAGUUCCGCAGGGACGCGUCAAUGCUGAAUGUGAGUCCUCCUCUAAUUAUAUUAAUUUUUUGUUGCUGCCCAGCUCCCUUGACUCACAUUUCAAUACUGUGAGGUUUUUUCUAAAUAUUUCUUCCAUUUCACAGGAUGAACUCUCUCAUAUCAACGCUCGAUUGAACAUGGGAAUUCUGGGAUGUAAGUUACUUAGCAUUGUCAUAAUAAACCCAUGGCAUAGAAAGGCCUAAAGGAACACCAUAGUCCCCAGAACAACUACAGCCUAUUGUAUUUGUUCUGGUAAGUAGAAUCAUUCCCUUCAGGCUUUUUGCAAUAAACACUGUCUUUUCAAAGAAAAUGCAGUGUUUACAUUACAUCCUAGUGAUAACUUCACCGGCCACUCCUCAGAUGGCUACUAGAGGUGUUUCCUGAGGCAGUGCUGCACAGUGCGACUGACAUUCAGUGUCUCCACCCUCUGCAUGGAGACACUGAACAUUCCUCAAAAAGAUUAAUUGAUUACAUUUGUCUCUAUGAGGAGAUGCUGAUUGGCCAGGGCUGUGUUUGACUUGUGCUGGCUCUGCCCCAUAUCUGCCUUCUUGACAGUCUCAGCCAAUCUUAUGUGAAAGUAUUAUGAUUGGUUCAGGGAAUCAAUUCUAAUGAUGACAGCCAAGCAGGCAGAUCGGGUGCAGAGGCAGCAGCUGCAGACUUGAAUAAAAGUAAGAUUUUGCUAUAUUUAGAGGAGAUAGGGAGCUAGAUUGUGGUUUUAACACUGUAUGAUCAGGAAACAUACAUGUUUGUGUUCCUCGCCCUAUAGUGUUCCUUUUAAUGGUUACUCCAAUCAUCAUAACCACUACAGCCCGCUGUAAUGGUUAUGAUGUCAGGAGUAUCCUGGCCUGGUUCCCUGGUAAUAGGGCAAACCGUUUAGCAAGGGUUUGCCCCCUUGCAUGGGUCCCUGCCAGGCUCCAACCCUCCCAUGUGGUCUGGUUGCCACUUCCAGCUCCUGAAAUGAAAGUUGCAUAAAAUUUAUAAUAACCAGCCUGAUACGCUGACAUUUCUGGAGUUGGAGUUACAUCUCCGGCAACAGAGUGGUUAAUCUCCAUUUGUGCAACAUUUCAAAGCGAAACGCUGCACAUACAGACUCCGGGUACCAUAACUACUUUAAAUCACUGAAGUGGUCAUAAUGCUUGGAUUACCCUUUAAUAUGCAGUGAUCGAUUUUGCACACAAAUUAGUCCAUAAUUAUACAUAAUACAGAGUUCCACUAUUAUAUAUGUCUUAUACUCUUUCUAUAACACGUUAUUUUCAGUGUCUAAUUUGUUCUAACAACAUUGUGAACUUUUGUGAUUUAUCCACAGCGUAUGAUCCUCAGCAGAUAUUUAAGUGUAAGGGUACUUUCGUAGGACACCAGGGUCCUGUGUGGUGCUUGUGUGUGUACUCCAUUGGAGACCUGCUGUUCAGUGGUUCAUCCGACAAAACCAUCAAGGUAGGUGUCUGCGAAUGCUCGUUUCUCUCAGUAAUAUGUGGAUGACCACCUUCUAAGACCUGUGACACUCGGGCUUUCAUUCCUGUUCCUUCGUUCCAGGUGUGGGAUACCUGCACAACCUACAAGUGCCAAAAGACACUGGAAGGACAUGAUGGCAUUGUACUGGCCCUCUGCAUUCAAGGGUGAGUUUACACAACUAAUAUUUUUUCCUUGUGUUUGUACUAGAAGCUCUUCUAGAUUAUCUCAAACCCCAUGGUCAGAAUGUGUGUGACUCUGCAAUUAUUUGUAUGUGUUUCAAAAUACAGGUUUAGUGGCCAUCCAUUGCAGAUUGCCAAUACAGGGAAAGAGGAAGUAGUAACUGUGAAAUGGACAGGGAAAGCAUGUAUACCCAUGCCUGAAUUCACAUACUAGCCUACUCACACUGACACUCCUUUAUUCUCUGAUUCUGUGCUGGAGCAUUGCCCAUUUUUAUGAUUUAUAUGCGCAUUUUUGUUUGUUCUGUUGAUUAUUUUCUAUAUCUUUAUUUUGCAGAAGCAAGUUGUACAGCGGCUCGGCAGACUGCACUAUUAUUGUAAGUGUAUACAUUUUUCGUAGGUCUGGGGAGCAUAAGGUGUGAUAUUGUGGAAAUGUCUUGUAAUCGAGAGGUAUCCUGGUUCUCUUUCAUUCAGGUCUGGGACAUUCAGACACUUCUAAAGGUCAACACCAUCCGAGCUCAUGACAACCCUGUGUGUACACUGGUUUCUUCUCACAAUAUGCUCUUCAGUGGGUCCUUGAAAGCAAUUAAGGUUAGUUAAUAGAAUAUUUGUGGAGUUUUGGGGGGCAGAUGUCUUGUUUGCUGUGCACAUUGGAUUUAGAGGUUAGAGGUGUAGGUUUAGAAAUAAAAGAUAAAACGUUAUACAUUUCCUGUGAGUCUGUUCCAUUCCUUUUCCAAAGGCCAUGGAGACAUGCGGUUAGUAAGAUGCUCUGUAAUAGCCUCACAAAUAUAUAAAGCACUUAGCCUACGUAGAAUGGUACGUUCCAAAACCUUGGACACACACCAGUUGUGUAGCAAAUACACAAUUUGAUUGGUCAGUAAUUCAAGGAGGGUUUAAAUUUUAAGCAAAAAUAUCUGAAAACAAAACUGACUUGGAUAAUUUUUACAAUACUGCCUAAACAUUGAAAUUGACUUUUAAUUUCUGACCAUUAAAAUUUUGUAAAUAAUCCUAACUGUUUAAAUAUGCUGUGUUUCUGGAGCUUCCAUAACUUGAUCACAUUUACUGUGUGAGACUCGGGACAGAGCAAAUCACAGAUGUGGAUAUCUGAACACAACUUGGAUCGUAAAGUAUAUGCUAUGAAAGCAAGACAAACCAUAGUAAAAUACCUGCUUUGUUUCGUUCAAUAAAGCACUAUGAAUGUAAGAUCCAGUUCCUAAAAUAAAUGCACAUGGAACUAUUCCCCGUCCACAGCAAGCCCUGUGUGAUGCCUUUAAUUGCUUUCUGUCUCGUUUUGCUUGUGAUUAUUCAGGUGUGGGACAUUGUGGGUACCGACUUAAAGCUAAAGAAGGAACUUACUGGCCUCAACCAUUGGGUACGGGCUCUGGUGGCCUCACAGAACUACCUGUAUAGCGGAUCAUACCAGACCAUCAAGGUGAGAGGACAGCAAACGCAGCUUAUAAACCUCAGUGCUAACUUCCCUGUAUGUAAGAAGCUUCAAAUGUUCUAAAAAACAUUUUGAACGUUUAUUUGGUGAUUUAUCUUAGAUUAACAUCUAAUGCCUUUGUCAGAUUUGCUCAGUGGCUAUUACUGGCCACAGAUAUCUAGAAAGUAACCAUUGAGCUUCAGAGUCAACAUGCCUAAUCUUGAAUCUGAACUUGACUUGUAUUCAUUCGUUCCCUUUAUUUCCUCACUGAUCUAGAUCUGGGACAUUCGCACCUUGGAGUGCAUCCAUGUGUUGCAGACGUCAGGUGGGAGUGUUUACUCCAUAGCAGUUACCAACCAUCAUAUAGUGUGCGGAACAUAUGAGAAUCUUAUACAUGUAAGUCCAUCAGAAAUGGUUAUACUUAUUACCUGGGUCCAUGUACAUGUAUGAUGUACAAUGCAGGCUUCUUUUUCAUAUACUGUUUCUGCUUAUCAAAUGAGCGUUUGCCAAUCUUACCCUUUUGUUGGUAAUAAUCCUCGAUAACUGUUGAUUUUUCUGGUUAUUCUAUCGUUUAUUCAAAACUCACUGAACCUUCAUUAAAAAGCUUGGAAAUAUAAAAUUUUUACUGUGAACUAUCCUUGCCUCAGGUCUGGGACAUCGACUCGAAGGAACAGGUCCGUACCCUGACCGGACAUGUAGGAACAGUAUACGCUUUGGCCGUCAUCUCAACGCCAGAUCAGACCAAGGUUUUCAGUGCCUCAUACGACCGCUCUUUACGGGUAUGUCACAGCCUUAUAACUAAUCUUAAAUUCCUGGUUCUUUAAAUCUAUGGAGGAUUUUGGGAGACUGCAAUGUAUUUUAGUGUGAUCAUUAGGAAGAUCUAAGUUGGGUUUUUUAUAUUGUUUAUUAAAGUUUUGAUGAUUCACACACGUUAACAAGCCUACAAACCCUUAUUUAAGAUAUGAUACUAAUUCUAUUUUAAGUAUAUGAAAAAAAAAAAUAUAUAUGUAUAUAUUGCAUUGUGUUUUAUAAGAAGAUACACUACACAAUACAAUAAGUAAGGCUUAUCAUCUAGUGUUGGAAGAAAAAACAAAUAUAGUGUAAUCCACAAAUGGUCGUGGUCAAUAAAAGGUCACAGCUGAGAGACAAGCAAUGUAAAAAAAGUAGUGGAGAGAAGGGCUUUAAGGGGAAGAAGAGGAAGGAAGAAAUAAUUUUAAUUUAAAAAAAAGCUAAAGAGGAGUAGUCCAGGAGGGAAUUGUGUUAAUGAUGAUUCAUUCAUAGAUAUGGUUCAUAUGUUUCCCCUGGAAGGUGGUGUGUAGCUUAUUAGGGUACCUGGGGUGGGGGGGAGGGGCAUAGCAUCCUUGAAAGUGAGAUGAACCUAAAGAGGGUGAAGUCAUGCUGGUACACGGUUUGCUCUCAACAAGGCAUAGACCAAGCUACAAUCUACUCUUGUGCUCAGAAUUUAAUCAAGAUUUAUUAUUAUUAUUGUCAUUUAUUUGGCGCCAACAUAUUCCACAAGGCUUUCCAAUAUUAUAAACGGGGAAAUUUAGCAAUAAAAACAAACUCUAACUAUCCUAGGAGGUAGUUGGUGAUACAAUAUAGUGCCUAAACAGAAAGCUGCUCAACACAUAGAGUGAAAUACCCUUAUUUCCACAAUCAAUCCUAGAUAUACAGAAAAUGUAUGGUAUAGAAUAUAUACCAAUUAGUGGAGUGCUAUACAAAUAGAAAUUGGCAGGGGUUGACUUACCCCAUCAAUCGGGUGUAACAACAAACAUGAAAUUACAAACUUCAAGGUAUAUACGGAAAAGAAAAAUAACAGAAAUAUAUAGUAUACAUGGUCUCAGAUGAUAAUCGAUUGGUAAAUAAAUAACCAGAAUCACUCACAUGGUCUGGAGCCUAUAUGGUAUUGGCUCCGUAAAGUAGGCCUUUUUGCUCUUAGAGCAGCAACACACCACUCGCUCAAUGAUGUUCCUCCAAGAAGUUGCAUCUGCAAUAGGCGGGCGGAUGGGACGAGUGGCUUGAUCCGCAGCUUCACUUCUUCCAGCCACUUGGGGAAGUGACGGGCUGUGUCCGGCGCCACACGUUCUUCCUCCAACCACAGACCAGAUGUGACGCGUCGGGACAGCCAUCACUCAACCAUCAAAUGAUAAAUAUACAAAUUUCAAGCGGCAAAUUCAAUUACCUAAUAGAAGUUCUCUAGAUACAUAGAAACAUAGAAACAUAGAAUGUGACGGCAGAUCAGAACCAUUCGGUCCAUCUAGUCUGCCCAAUUUUCUAAAAACUUUCAUUAGUCCCUAGCCUUAUCUUAUAGUUAGGAUAGCCUUAUGCCUAUCCCAUGCAUGCUUAAACUCCUUUACUGUGUUAACCUCUACCACUUCAGCUGGAAGGCUAUUCCAUGCAUCCACUACCCUCUCAGUAAAGUAAUACUUCCUGAUAUUAUUUUUAAACCUUUGUCCCUCUAAUUUAAGACUAUGUCCUCUUGUUGUGGUAGUUUUUCUUCUUUUAAAUAUAGUCUCCUCCUUUACUGUGUUGAUUCCCUUUAUAUAUUUAAAUGUUUCUAUCAUAUCCCCCCUGUCUCGUCUUUCCUCCAAGCUAUACAUGUUAAGAUCCUUUAACCUUUCCUGGUAAGUUUUAUCCCGCAAUCCAUGAACCAGAUACAGGUGCAACUGAUCACUUGUCAUACAUUUUGGAUUUGGGAUUGGCCAACUGAACAUCGUGUGAUCCCAAAAGGGAGGAUCCAAAGGACUCACAUGACAUUUAAAAGACAAAGGAUUCCUGAGGCUACAUUACAGCUGACUGAGAAAUCUCAUAGAUGAGUGAAACGCGUUUUGGCAGAUCUGGACUUUUAAUUGGAUUUUUUUUAUUCUAUAUACUUUUGCUAUACGUGUUUUUAUUUACAAUACAUUUGGAACUUAUUCCAAACCAAGUCCUUGAAGCCUUUAGGAAUCUUUAUUGGGGAAGUGCCAUUCCCAUAAAAUGGCACCCUGCUCAUUAUCCUUAGAGCCAGUAACUGAAGGCUCUUUAUAAGGUGAGCGUAGUAAUGAGGUGAACUAUCCGUUAUUUGUACUGUACCACACAAUUGGUCGCUUUUCUCUUGGAGGAACAUCAUUGAGCAAGUGGUGUGUUGCUGCCCUAAGAGCAAAAUGCUUACUUUACGGAGCCAAUACCAUAUAGGCUCCAGACCACGUGAGUGAUUCUAGUUAUUUAUUUACCAUCGAUUAUCAUCCAAGACCAUCUAUACUAUAUAUUUCUGUUAUUUUUAUUUUCCGUAUAUACCUUGAAGUUUGUAAUUUCAUGUUUGUUGUUACACUCGAUUGAUGGGGUAAGUCAACCCCUGCCAAUUUCUAUUUGUAUAGCACUCCACUAAUUGGUAUAUAUUCUAUACCAUACAUUUUCUGUAUAUCUAAGGGGAAAUUUAACAGUAGAUGAGACAAUUACAAACUGUUACAGGAGAAAUCGGUCGAUGAGGACCCUGUUUAUACAUUAAAAUCAAAGUGAUUUAGAGAAAUUCUCCAACUAGUUACACCGUGGCUGUUUUAGAUUAAAUUUUGCCUCUGAGAUUCUAGCGAAGGAACCCUGACUGUGCCUUGGUAGCCAGCAAUCACAAGACCCACUGGGGCACAUCCCCCAAACUCAGAACGAGUGCAGUAAGUUGGCUUGAUUACUCUCCUCUCUGUGUUUCCUCAGGUAUGGAGUAUGGAUAACAUGAUUUGCACACAGACUUUACUGAGACAUCAGGGUAGUGUUACCGCUCUGGCUGUGUCCCGAGGUCGGCUAUUCUCUGGUGCAGUGGACAGUACGGUAAAGGUGGGUUCAGCCUCCAUUUGUGUGUGUAUUUUGCCAGUUACGGUCCUGCGAGGAAAGAUCUCAGUUUUAUUUCUCUGUGUUAUUUCCCAGGUCUGGACUUGCUAACUGAGCCAAGCUGGCAUACCCUUCCACCUCUGCCAUCUGUAUUGUAUCACAGCCAGAAGAAGAAUCCAGCCCAGCCACGUUUCCUUGAUGGACACAUUUAAACUUUGCCACGGACACUGCUAUACUUGUGCUGUUGCAGUACAGACGCAUUAAGAGAUUCUGUGAAAUCGGGACAACUUUACUAUUGUUUUCAAGCUAGCUCUUCCUUUCUCCCAAAUCACACACACCUCUAGCCCCAGUGAUGCAGGAACUGUGACCUUUACAGCCCUUGUUACCUGUAAACGGUGUGUGAAUAGUCUGCAUCACCAGCACUUUCCAGUGUGAACAGGGAACAGGCUGCUACAUUCAUCCACACCUCCCCUCGAAAACACUCUUGUUCAGCUGCAUACACGUUAUCCCGUUUCUGCCAGUGAAUCUUUCAGUAAAGGGCAUAAGAUUGUAUCUUAGCACUUUUGGAAUCUGAAGCCCAGCCCAAGUAAUACUUGUUGCCUUUUUCACUUUUCUACAAAGCAGUCUUCAGAACCUCAUGGUUUAACGUGCGACCGAUCAAAAGCAAUCUCAACCAAUGCAUUUCCCUACUUGGCUCUAUGUGUACCAGCUUAUUCCGAUGUUACUUUUAAUGUCUAAGACAUUGUAUUUUAAAUAGCGUCAGAUUGUUGAUUAAGUUUAAAAUUGAGAUGUAAACCUGGAGGAAUGGACAUUCCGCACUUAAAGGUGCACACCAGGAAACCACAUGUGAUGCGUGCAAUGUAUUAGUUUCAAUGGACAGGCUAAGCACCAAAACCAGUUCAUCUUAAUGAAGUGGUUAUGUGGCAGAGAUGCUUCCUCUGCAGCCUUACCAUGCCUUCAAAAGGCGCCAGACUGAAAUACAUUCAAUAGCUGAAUGUAUCUGGUACCCAGCGUCAGUGUGUAAAAUAAUCUGACACGUUAAGAUUUGUGCGUUUCUGCAUGAGAAACAUUGCUUCAUUGCUUCUCCUACAAAGGCGUAUUAGGCUGCAGUAAGGAGUUUGUCCAGAUUGUAGAAGAUACGUUUAAUGACGGUUUUAAUAUUUAAAAAAUACAUUUAAAAUGGUAGGUUUAAAGAAAACUUCUAAUUAUAAAAAAUAUUUUUUACUGGUGAGUUCCUUUAAUGUUCACUUGAACUUUUGAGGGUUUUAUUUUUUUAAUUUAUUAAAUUGAAAUAUAUAUAAUAAAUCGUUAAAGCCCACAAAAAAAAACACCUGACUUGAAUAAAAAUAAAAUGAUGGUAAAUUAGUUACAGAAUACGAUCACACAUAACAUGAGCCUGCCACAAGACUGACAUGGGUCCUAUUCUAACAACCUAAUAAUGCCUGCUCUGAAGAGAUUAAUCCAUUCACCUGGGACAUCCAUCCUCCGGGGGGUCAAUUCUCCCAUAUUAUCCGUGGCACCGAAAGGCUGCACACACUGGCAGUUUGGAUAAUGUGAACAGGUUUAAGGCACGGACAGGGCCAAAGCUCUCUUUUCAUUUCACAGCAGCUGAUUGCCAGGUACGCUCUCUCCAACCAGAUCAUGUCAAAUGGCUUAUCGUGCCACACUCCAUGCUCUGCACACACUCCAGAUGCAAGCCUGCAUUUUUAUUCCUUUUUUUUUUUUUUUUCUACUGUUUUUAAGGACUGUAUAAUAGAAAUAUAAUUAUUUCUUCAUUUACAAUAAAAAAGGAAAUCCACAUUGUGACUUGGGUUUGUUACUUAUUUUCAGUAGCCAGGGCAACUAUAUUCUAACAAUGCAUUCUUACAAUAAUGUUUUAAUUGAAAUCCAAAAUAUAUAUAAAGAGAAAAAAAGAACUAUUAUACGUUUGUCACGAAGUUGAAAGUUGCUGAAUAAAAGCUCUGAAUGAAGCGUUUUUGCUCUUUACACUAUUAAUUCUGAUACAAUUUUGCUUGUGUGCUGUUGUCAAGUUCUGGCAGUUUUAAUCUGGUGGAGGGCUAUUGAACCCGAUGGGCUUUCUUUCCGGACACAGUCUGAUCAGGAUUUAGUUCUUGUUCCAAAGCUUCA